GGAAAUAAUAAAAGAAGGCGAAGUAGCAGGAGGAGGAUGGAAUGGGAAAGGAAGAACGGUCCGAAAUUGUAGAGGUUCACGGAAUCAAAGUUUACUCAUUUUUUUGUAGGAUAUUAAUUGUUAAUAGAUUAUUAAACACGGAAACCGGUUCAUUGGUUUAUUACAGCCCCGAGACAGACCAAAGAAAAAAACCUUAAGACCUUCCGGACAAGAGAAUUGCCGUUUUUGGCUGAGAAACCUUAUCUUAUCACGUCUGUACAUCUACAUCUGCUCUCCCCUUGCGUUUACCAGUGGAUAUAAGGAGUACCAUUAAAUUGGGGCCUGACACUGUGGAGGAAGCAGGCGCCUCAGUCCGGGUCUGUCGAGUCAUAGCACAACAGAGCUGCUGCAGCUGUAAGCUAAGGACCGUCCUGCACGGAGUGGUCGGUAGGUGACAGCUUUGUACGUUGAUUCAGGGUUAGUGCAGCAGGCUGAAAACUGUUUUGAUUAAACGGUGAUCGAUAUUCGAUAAAUGACCACUAGUGCAAGAGCGCGUGUGUGUGUGGAAAAUCAAUUUUAAAAAAUCACAAAUUUAUUCAGUUGUCUAAUGUUGUAAUCGCAUUUUCUGCCAAGCAACCAGUAAAACUACAGAAGAAAGUUAAUUUGAUGCUAAAUUUCUUCACCCAUCUUUUCCGUCAGGGCUCUUUGAUUUGAAACGCCCUGCUAUUUGAAUAAAGCUAUAAAAAUGAAGUUAUUAUCACUAUUAUUAUUAUUGUUAUUAUGUAUAUAUAUAUGUAUAUAUAUAUCAGUGGCGGCUGCUGGUCUUUCAAGGAGGGGAAGCUCAUUUUUCUGGCCUACAUCAUAAUUGUAUUUGUUUAUUAGUAUGUAACAGAACAGAGUCGCCAAACACAACGGCAGUCAUUUUUAACAAAGACAAGAGUCGCUGAGGAUCGGUAAGGUCUCCAGAGCAGUUAAGAACAACGGAAUGAAUAACUUGGAAAAUGCUCUGGUAGAUGUUUUAUUCUUCAAGAUCGCUGAUUCGCUUGUUUAGCUGUCAAUCAAAAAAGGAUUUCGCCUCAGACAGCUCAUCCAAUCAUGGAUGCAGAAGCUUGGAGUCCGGGAGAAAGUCGGGACCGCCCUCUCGCCAUAGAACUCCAGUGAAGCUGGGCUUCCAUUGGGUGGGACAAAGCCCAGCAUUUAUCCAAUGAGCGUCUAGUUUCGCUGCUGGAACAACCCACUUUAAGCUUCCACAUUGAAGUCAGCAGAAGCCCAGCGUCCGGCUGUUUAAAGCGCUGAGGCGCUGCGAGGAUGAAUGAGAACGAAGUUAUGCCGGUUACCUGUGAUUAUCAGCUUCUUAUCACAGUGUCUGAACAAAAGAUGAAGGCUUUCUAGUGCGUAUUUAGUUAAUGAAAUGUACACACAGCAGUACGUAUUUCACCACUUUUUCUUUUUUUUGAGGGGUGACAUUUUAAGGGAAGCCGAGCUUCCCUUGCAGUCUUAGAGCAAUCGCCACUGAUAUUUAUAUAUGUGUGUGUGUGUUAUUAUAAUAAUAAUAAUUAUUAUUAUUAUUGUUAUUAUAAUACUCCCCCCCCCCCCCCCUUCAACUCUUACAUUCGCUCUCCCUCACACACUCAUACACGUUCGCGGUCACACAGACACACUCACAUAGGCUCUCUCUGCUUGCACACAAUCACGCACUCUCUUAUGCGUGCACCCUCAUAUACGUCAUGAUAUGCCUGGGCGAUUUGGCAAAAAAAAUGAUCACGAUUUUUUUAAACUGCCAGUUUUAAAGCAUCUGUUAGAUUAGUUCAACAUUUUAUUAAAAUACGAAGUAAAUAAAGCAAAUUGAAUAAGAUACACUGAAAAAAAUAUAAAAAACAUUUUAACUCAACAGUACAACAAACGUAGAUAAAUACAGUGAAUUAUUAGUUUACAGUCCUGAGUGUUUUCGCAGGUAUGCAAGACCCAAAAUAAACAAAUUGCCCCCUCAGAGAUAAUGAAAACGUCUUAAAAUGUAAACAUUAAACAUUUAAAUGUAAACGUUGAUGAUAUGCAUACCUGCCAACAUUUGGGUUAUAAAAUCCAGGAGUUGUUUGCGGUGCACGAUGGGCAGUUUCAGGGUGACUUCGUAUCGUGGAUACGAGCUAAUUAUGAGAGUAUAUGUAAUUAAAUUGCUCAUCCAAAUAAGUAUAAGUGAAGCUGCACACUUUUUUGUUUUGUUUUAAUAAUGACAAAUGGUAAUAAAAAAAUAAUAGCUACGAUAUGCCUUUAACUUAUUUAGCCCACUAAUAUUAGAGUUAAACUCCUCAUAUUUCUCUCCCCUAUAAGGCUCUUUAAACAUCUGUGCAUGAAAUACAGCACUCUUUUAUCCGAGGCUGCCCUGAACACAUCACUCUCGCAUAUCUCGUUUGUUUUCUUUCAUCGAAAUGUUCAUUUUUCAACAAACACUGCUUAAAUAUAGUUUACAGCUGAAAACGACCUGAAUCAUCCCAAAUUUUAAAGUAAAAGUGUCAAUCCAGUGUCUGUGAGGCAUAGCAGAAAUACAGGACUAUCUCCGGUUGUCUGGAAACCUGGAAACUUUAGACAACUAUAGUGAUCCGAUUCAUGAAUGAAUGCGGACCAUGCUAUGAGAAACUCCCGGGAGAAAUUACAAUACGUGGGGUGGGCGGGUGAUUGAUCUGAAAUACGGGAGAGUCCCGGGAAAGCGGGAGUGUUGGCAGGUAUGGAUAUGAUUGAUUGCUGCUUUGGUCUGGUGGCUGCACCGCUAGUUGUAGCUAAACUGCUAAUGCCACUCGUGCCGUCAGCAGUGACAGGCUGUACAGACUCCGCUCGCAUUUUCAUACUUCCCGCAUACUCGGGAAGUACUUCUUCAAAUGAUUAAACUGAUUUGUUAUGUCCGGUUUAUCGGCUUAAUUGCUCGACGUCACUUUGGAGAGACGUUGAAUAACAUCUCAACAAUAACAUCUUCUGAGGAUGACUCAAAUUCAUGGCUGACAUCCAUUUUGCUGCCCUUAGCUCCGCGUUUGGCUUCAUGUUUGGUGAUUCUGUUAAUUUCUCCUGUUUACUUCUCCGGUACCUUACAGAAGUGAGCAGGAAAAGCUCGACUUUGAUUGGCUGUUGUGACGCACAUUUCCGCUAUGUUUGAUCGAGUAAAUAUGCUCACAGCUGAUCACCGUGAUCGAAAUGAAAUUUAUCACGAUCAUCAAUCACGUUCAUAUAAUCUCCCAGUCCUACAAUCAAUCAAUCAAUCAACUUUAUUUCUAUAGCACAUUUUAAAAUAACCACAAGGGUAGCCAAAGUGCUGUACAAUGAUACAUAAAAACAAAUAACACAAAGAGCAAGAUAAAGUGAGCAGAAAUACAUUAAUGCAAGGGGAUAAAUAAGUAAAUAAAUAAGCAGGCUCACGGCAGGUGCUAAAAUGAUAAAAAACAAAGUAACACUAAAAAGUAUCAAAAGCCAAGGAGUAAAAGUGUGUUUUUAAAAGGGAUUUAAAAACAGCAAAUGAGGAGGCCUGUCUGAUAUUCAAGGGCAACUCAUUCCAGAGCUUCGGGGCAGCAGCAGCAAACGCUCUGUCCCCUCUGAGCUUCAGCCUUGUAUAUGGGACCGUCAGUAGCAGCUGAUCGGCUGAUCUUAAGGGUCGGGGUGGGCAGUAAGGCUGGAGCAUUUCAGAAAUGUAAGGUGGAGCAAGAUUGUUCAGACUUUUAAAAACAAAUAUUAAAAGCUUAAAAUGAAUUCUGUACUGUACAGGGAGCCAGUGUAAGGACGCCAGGAUGGGGGUGAUGUGCUCACGCCUGCAGGUCUGGGUGAGGAGACGUGCAGCAGAGUUCUGCACAAGCUGCAGGCGGGCAAGGGAAGCCUGGCUAAUCCCUACAUACAGAGAGUUACAGUAGUCAAGACGGGUAGUUAAUUUUUCCAGGUCAGGUCUUGAUAAAAUGGGCUUCACCUUCGCUAUUUGACGUAGCUGAUAAAAACUUUUUUGUACCACCCCGCUGAUCUGCUUCUCAAAUUUAAAAUCAGGGUCAAACUUAACUCCCAGGUUAGUGACGACCUCUUUAAGGUAGGGUGAGAGGGAGCCUAGGUCGAUGUUGGGGGGGUGGCCGCCACUUGGUCCAAACAACAUUACUUCAUUCUUGUUCUCAUUAAGACUGAGGAGGUUAAAAGAAAGCCAGGCUUUAAUGUCCUUAAGACAGUCAGUGAGUUGCUGGACUGAGUUGGAGUUGUUCUGUGCAAGUGGAAAAUAGAUCUGACAAUCAUCAGCGUAAAAAUGAAAGGAGAUGCCAUGUUUCCUAAAAACAGAACCAAGGGGGAGUAAAUAAAAGGCAAAUAAAAGAGGGCCAAGGAUUGAGCCUUGGGGGACCCCAUGUGGGAGGGGAGCUGUUGACGACACAGAGUUGUCAAGUUUAACGCAGAAACUUCUGUCCCUUAAAUAAGACCGGAACCAGUCCAGGGCAACACCCUUAAUGCCCACACAGUGAUCAAGGCGAGAGAUUAAAAUGCUGUGGUCAACAGUGUCAAAUGCAGCAGACAGAUCUAGGAGCACAAGGACAACAAACUUUCCAGAGUCUGUUGUCAUUAGAAUAUCGUUUGAAACCUUUAAAAGUGCUGACUCUGUGCUGUGGAGAGCUUUAAAACCAGACUGGAACAACUCUGUGAUACCAUUAUCUUCCAAAAAUGGUAACAAUUGAUUGUAGACCACCUUCUCUAGAAUCUUGGACAGAUAUGGAAGAUUUGAGAUGGGUCUGAAACUGGCACAGAGGGAUGGGUCACCAUGAUACUACUUUCUGUACCAAUGGCGAGAUGUAAUCAGUGCCCAAAACACUUGAGUCUGGACUUCUCAUUCAGCUGUGCUGUCAUCUCCGAAUUGGAUUCAUUGUCCGUCAUUAUGCAGAUGUGGUUUGAAGCGCUUAGACUGGUGUUUUAGCCAUUCAACUAUCAUAGCUUUGUGGUGUUUUUUUUAGUGCUGCAACUAACGAUUAUUUUUUUGUCGACUAGUCGUCCGACUAGUCGUCCGAUUAAUCACGAUUAAUCACUAUCUUCUUUAUUGAUAAACACCUAUUUGCGGGGUGUCUGCGUUUCAGGGGCUCAUGCAUCGCCGCGGUGCUGCCAUGGUAGGAAAGCUGAGCUUUGAUCGACGUGUUUUUUUGGUUUGUUCCGGGUAAAAUGUUCCCAAACUUCUGAAGUUUUGGGUCGGAGUUUUGGAGCGUCUUUUUCAGUUUGUUCUGCCAUAACGUGUGCACUCUUCUUCUGUGUUUGCUCGCGGGAUGUAAACAGCGAGCGCUACUGCCCCCAGCACAUCCUGUAGUGCACUGCAGUUAUAGAUGAGCAUGAGGCGCCGGCAUGUGAUUCUUAACAACAAUAACACGACGCGUUGACGCUUCGUUUUCGUGUCGAUGAAUUUGUCGUGUCGACGUAAUCGAUUAUGUCGACUAAUCGUUGCAGCCCUAGUUUUUUAAAGUGUUGAUAAAGGUUUGUAGUGUUACUUCCUGAGGUAGCAACAGUAGCAGGUUCUGCACACAUUGCACAGCAGCAACUUUUUUAGCUAAAAUAAAUCCACACAAUUGCCAUGCUGCCCCUCUUUGGAACUCAACUUUCUUCAGUGUCAGCUUCUGUCGAGCAUUAGCCCAUAGUGCAACAGAGCGCAGUGUUGACUUCUCUCCCUACCUGCUUUGCUUUGCUCCACUGGCUCAUAGGUGAUGUGAUGUGACCAGUCAACAGUGCCGUCUUUGCGGUUAGAACUUCGCGCUUUAUCAUAUCGCAAUGUAAUUGCAAAUGCAAUUAAUCGUUCAGCCCUUGUGAAAAGUUGCAUUUCUGAGUGUUUCUGCAUUCAAAUUGUGAUGAAUCUCCAACAGACCCAAACGGCAGGUUCACACAGUUGGAUUUCCUACGUCACAACUGCAAGCUCCGCCCCCAGAGCCCCACCCUGCAGACCAGACUCAGAGAAGUAGAGCAGAUGAUUGUGGAACAAGUGUGUGCGGUAGCAGAUUGCAAUGCUCCUAAGAAAGCUAAUUAUGAUAUUAACUUUCAUCAUGCCCCCCAAGACAUUACUAUUAGGGAUGCACGAUAUUUAUCGGACAGAUAAAAUAUCGGCCGAUUUGGGGGGAAAUUACGUCAUUUUUUAUGGGUCCGAUAGGUGCAUUUUUCCGAUAGAAAGAUCCGAUAUAUUAAUGAAAUUACGAGUAACGUUUGCAGGCGGAGUAGCCGCCCGUCCGAGACGCGCUGGUCACGUCGUCUAUCAAGCCUUACUCGCAGGUCCCAAGCCUGACCCCGUCACUGCCUGACAGAUAAUAAAAUGUCUUCACCAGCAUGGUCGUUUCUCUCAGUGGCAGAAGAUGACAACAGCAUUGCUAUAUGCAAAACCUGUUCAGCGAGGAUUUCAAGAGGAGGAAAGAAGACGUCAAGUUUUAACACAACGAAUCUGAUAGCUCAUCUGAAAAGUCGCCAUCGCGGCGAAGCGGUAUUAAAAGAAUAUGAGACAGCCGCCGAAGCUGCUAGCGGUACUAAAGCUAAGACAACAACACUACGGAGGAUCGAUGUCCCCAUUCAGCAGGCGUUUAAAAACUGCAAAGCUUGGAGCCACGUUACACUCUCCCAAGCCGCCACUUCUUCUCGGAUGUGUCUCUUCCUGCACUCUAUGAUAUUGUCGCCACAUACAUUCACAACCUGAUCGACAAGAACGGACUACACGUGAGUUUUACCACAGACAUAUGGACGUCAGAUGUUAGUCCGGUCAGCAUGCUAAGCCUAACGGCUCAUAAUGGCUCCUUUACAAUUUACAGUUCUGUUGAACAGCUCAGGGGAUCAAAUGAAGUUCUGCUUUUUGCUCUGUUAUUGUUAUUUAUAGCAAAUGACCACAUUUGAAGAGCCAAAAACUUUUGUUUGUUGUUCUAGAUAGGCCAGAGCAACAAAAAUAUCAGUUUUCAAUCGCUGCAUCCUGCACAAACUGCAGAUUAUAUGAAGAUUAUAAUAAAUGUAAAAAUAUGAAUUUAUCGGUUAUCGGUAUCGGCCAUGAGAAGAAGAAAAUUAUCGGUUAUCGGUAUUGGUUGAAAUUUUUCAUAUCGUGCAUCACUAAUUACUAUCUUAGAGCUAAAUAGCUCCUAUAUUACCUGCCACUUCUACUACACCGGCAAUGUUAGGCUGCAAACUCACAUAAAGUGGAGGGUGCAGAACAGCAUUUUCUCCACCCACGACUCAGAGUUGAAUUGCUAAUGAGCUACUUGAGCUCAUUACCCCUUUAAAAUUACAGGUAACAGGAUUUUGGCUAAAAACUUCAUAAUCAUGAUUUAAAGACCACUGAAAACACUUUAGGUAGUAAAAAUAAGGUUGGAGUGGGAAAUAUUAUAUAUGCAACUUGAUGUAAGUAUCUUUAUAUGUGGAAAAGGAUGUUUCCUUACCUGUGGGCCCGACUGUCACACAACAAAUCCAUCUAUACUAAUUUGAGAGUGUGGCAGAUGUAACGUCCUCCACAGUGUUUAGCACAACACUUGUUUAGGGGCCACCUCUGGUCGCCAUCUCAAAAGCUUAAUGGCCCUCAUUUAUCAAUCUUGCGUAGAACUGAGUGCAGAUCUGAGCGAAGGAUUCAUAGUACGAAAGGACACACGUGAGAUUUAUUAAAGGGUUCGUAUCUGACCAAUCCCAGCGUACGUAUGAUCGGGUCUUCAUAAAUGUGGCGGCUGAAAUCGAUCGUCAUUAACAUGUCACGCCCUUAAAUAUUUGUGGUUCGGAAGCCUCACCCACUGAGGUCAAACAUGAAAGAGGAGAAAUAUUAGAAAGAUUUGAAACUUUUCCGAGAUGAAAGUGGAUAUCCUCACAUCUGUGGUGGAAACUAACAAGGAUUUGCUCUUUGGAAGCAUCAAAACUGGUAUAAAAGCAGUCCAGAAAACUCCUGGCUGGAGCAGGAUUAUGGUGGUGGUGAACAGCACUACCGCUGGUAGCGGACAGUGGCUGAAGUUCAAAUGAAUCAUUAGUCAAUAAGUUGCUCAUGAUGAUAAAUUAAUAUCUCAUACAUGCCUCAUAUUUUUCUAUUGCCAUGACAUAGGCUAUGCUGCUCCUAUUAUUAAAAGUAUUUAGUUUUAAUUUGUUGCGUCUUUGUAAUGUAGAGCAGAUCAUCACCAUACAGUGUGUUGCUGCCCCUUAGGCACAUUUUUAUAGAUUUUUAUUGGACUUGUAUCUCUGAUUAAAUAGGAAGAGCACUUUCUAAACUUAAACUUUACAUGUCAGAAUCCAUUGAUUAGGUCCUGUCUCCUCUGCACAGCACCUUUGUGGAGUCUCUCCUCGUUAUUGUACUCCGGGCAUCGGGUCCUCGCGUUGUACCGGCACAGCCAACAGCACAGCAUUCGCCAGUGUGACAUUGUGCAAAACUGUACUGGCCCAAAUUAUGUCCUGCACCCUUUAAAGCAUUGUACAACAACAUCCCUGCUGCUGGGCUAAGACAGAGCUACCUGCCUUUUAGGAGUCAAACGCAGCGCUCCACAGUGGCGCGUGUGUGUGCAAUGUUAAAAUGGCGCUCCUGCUAUGUGGCAGUGUUUCUGUGCAGAGUUAUCAAAUAGGCCUAUUCACUAAGGACAUAACAAAUUUAUUUUAUUUUAUUUACGUCUUAAUCUUUAAUGAAAUCUGGCUGAUUGUGCUAAAUGACAGGUUUGAGGUUUGUUUAUCAAUUAUUUUGAGACAGACAUUGGCUGCACCACAAAUCUACACUGACUCAAACUUGUGUACAUAAUGUCAGACCUGUCAUGAGAUUUGGUCGUAGCGUAAGCUCGUGCAGAUUGAUAAGUGCCGAUCCUCACGUCGCAACUUACGUACGCAAGGUGUAUGUAAGUUUUCUGCCUCACGCAAGCUUGAUAAAUGAGGGCCAUUGUGUUUUAAAUCUGUUGACUGUGUUAUUUGUGACAGUUUUUGUGUGCUUUGUGACUCUGCGGGGCUGUGACCUCUGUCUCAGUAGGACUUCCUGGUUAAAUUAAGGUUGAAUAAAUUAAAUUAAAAAUGUAGUGCUAUACGUAUGUGACAGUACUUGAGUUGCGUGUUUGAACUAUGUCGCUGAACAGUGAUUAAUAUGAAAAGCUUUGUUCCCAGCCAGCAGUCUGGCUCAGUUCGGUUCAAUAGGAGACACAAUUGUUGUAAAGAGAACCAAAAUAACCAUUCUGUAUCGGUCUACUUUUGUGGCACCCAUCUGUGGUGGUACCAGAACCCUAAUGCAUUGGGCAGGACACUAAAAUCUGUCGAUUGGUUGAAAGAAUUAUCACUUAGUCACUUGAAAGAUUUCCUGUGGCUUUCAGGGCUGUUUGUUUAAGUGGCUCAUAUCAGUGCCAGGUGCUCCUCUUCAUCAAAUGCGUAGUCCAAAGCAGUCAUAUUGUACUAAAUCAAACAACCCAUUCACUGCUUAAAAUUUGAUUUCCCCUUCAGUCACUUAUUGUUAAUGUAUGUUAGUCAUUGUGGAGUCUCCAUCUCUGACCACAGCACUGCAAUGGUCACCUUGUUGCUGUUCCUGUUCAGUCCAGCGAGCAUGAGCAGGUCUAAAAAUGCAGUCUUAAUGAGUUCGGUCAGGUGAGGAGUGAGCAUAUCAUUUAAUACCUGCACAACAAUGGGCAAAGAUGUUGCUCCCACUAACCCGCUUAGGGGUGCACUACUUGAAUGUGUGAAUGUGUCUCUGAGUCAUAUUACAAAGACUGGUUUUUAAUUUAAGGCUUUAAUCUGAUUCUAAAAUCUGAGUUAGGUAUUUUUCCAGGAGUUUGAUAUCAAUGAUAUGGGACAAGAAGCUACUGUAAUGCAUGGUCCUUUAUUUUCAGUGUUCAGCGAAAGCACAAUAGGUUUGUAUUCCGAUCCAAUUCCGCUUUACAUUGAAGGGCACCUAGACUUGGCGUUUCAGGCAAAAUGUCAAGUCCAAAGUACAAUGAAUUGGAUAACCAUGAUCUGCUUUUUAAGGAAGCUUUGAAAUGUAAAUCUUGAACUUCCUGAUAUUCAUCUUUUUCUGCCUCUUCAGUUGACAGGACCCUCAAAUAUCUCCUGUUUCCAAUGGAAGCAGAUGGAUGCAGCCAGCAGUAUAAGAUGCAGCUCUCAGAGAUCAAAUACAGCAAACAGUGUUUAACUCCAAUGACUGAUGACCUUGGAAGAGAAAAGGAUGGAGGAAGGUCCCAGAAGAGUGUAACUAUGGCUCCAACCUCCAGGUAUUUGACUGACAGGCAGUAUGUGAUGAGGAAGCCUCUGUUUGAAUCAGAGCAGCACACGUGCAUCUUAAAGAAGGCUCAUCCAGAGUGUGAGAAGGUAAGCGGUAGGGCUGGGCAAUAUGACCUAAAAUUCAUAUCAGGGUAUAAAUUGAAUCCCUUCAUGGUAACUGUAUAUUGAGCGAUAAACUUUAGUGUAAAAAUAUAAUGAAAGUAUUUCUAAGCAAAGCUAAAUUGAUCAAAAAAAGAAAAAACAAUAAAAACAAACAGAUAUAAUGCAGAAUAUUUUAGAACAUUUAUUGUGCAGAUCUCAAAACUCAUUCUAUGGUGCAAAAUAGUGCAAACAAACAAAUAACAUUGCUGACAUUUUAAAAACAGUACAACAGGAUGUUUUCUAUUAUGCAAAAUUUUAAGGAUGUUGUCAACAACAAUUGCUCAUCCUCAAAAACACAAAAAUAAAGUUUAAAUUUGAAGGAGUACUUCAAGUAUAAGAGGUAUUCUGUAAUGCAUAUGGCAAGACAGUAAAUUGGUUGCCAACAAUAAUUUCUCACUUCCAAGACCACAGUGAUAAACUAGAUAUUGUAAACAGCACCUCAAGUACAACAGAUUUUUUUCUGUAAUGCAAACUAGUUCAAAAUUUACCAAACACUAUUUUGUCAAUAUCCUAAAGAACACACAAAAGAAGAUACUCUAAAUGACCCUACUUAAAGUACCACAGGCUUUGUUCAGUCGUGCAAAAGUGGUACCCGACUCCAAAUCUCUGAAGUUGCAGAUAUUGUUCAAAAAGAAAUACACUCUUGAUCAAAAUCUUAAGACCAGUUAAAAAACUGCAAGAAUUUAUAUUUAGCACUGUUGGACCUUAAGACGGUUCUUUGUAGAGCUUCAAAAUGCAAAAAGAAGAAAUGGGAACAAGAGACCAAAAUUUUUGAGCAGGUAAUUUAUUGAAAACAACAAUUUAACUGAAAUAGGCUGUUCAUCAGCUGAUCAAAAGUUUAAGACCACAGCCUUUAAAAGCCCAAAUCUGUGCGAAAAUUUGGAUUCCAUGUCAUUUCUUGUCAAGGGGUCACACUGUCAACAUCUCUUGAUGGCAAGGGCAAAAAAGCUCACUGCUUUUGAACGUGGUAGGAUUGUUGAGCUGCAUAAAAAAGGCCUCUCACAACGUGCCAUCGCUGCUGAGGUUGGAUGCAGUAAGACCGUUAUUUUUCAUUUCUUAAAAGAUUCGGAGGGUUAUGGAACAAAAAAAUCAAGUGGUAGACCCCAAAAAAUCUCACCAGCGCUGAGCCGGAGGAUCCGAAUGUGUGUCCAUCAAGACGCGGGACGAUCCUCAUCCCAAAUUAAGGCCAUUACAGGUGCUGACUGCAGCCCAAUAACAAUCAGACGACAUCUGCGAAGGAAGGGCUUCAAAAACAAAAAACGUCUUCAAAGGCCACGUCUCCUUCAACGUCACAAAAUUGCCCGUUUGGGCUUUGCGAGGGAGCACCAAACAUGGGACCUUCGAAGGUGGAAGAAAGUUUUAUUCUCUGAUGAGAAAAAAUUUUACCUUGAUGGUCCUGAUGGCUUCCAACGCUACUGGCAUGACAAGGAGAUGCCACCUGAGAUGUUUUCUAUGCGGCACAGUGGAGGGGGCAUCAUCAUGAUCUGGGGUGCUUUCUCCUUCAAUGGAACAGUGGAGCUCCAGGUUGUACAGGGGCGUCAAACAGCAGCUGGCUAUGUGGAGAUGUUGCAGCGGGCAUUCCUCAUGACUGAGGGCCCUCUUCUGUGUGGCAAUGACUGGGUUUUUCAGCAGGACCACGCUACAAUUCACAAGGCCCGUCUGACCAAGAACUUUCUCCAGGAGAAUAGCAUCACUCUUUUGGACCAUCCUGCAUGUUCCCCUGAUCUAAAUCCAAUUGAGAACAUUUGGGGAUGGAUGGCAAGGGAGAUUUAUAAAAAUGGACAUCAGUUCCAGACAGUGGAUGCCCUCCGUGAAGCCAUCUUUACCAAUUGGAGCAACAUUCCCACUAGCCUUUUGGAAACACUUGUAUCAAGCAUGCCAAAACAAAUUUUUGAAGUAAUAAUGGUGGAGCUGCUCAUUACUGAGUCAGUUUUUGACACUUUAAUUUCUGUUUUUGGAGGUGUUUAGGUUUUUUUGAGCUGUGGUCUUAAACUUUUGAUCAGCUGAUGAACAGCCGAUUUCAGUUAAAUUGUUGUUUUCGAUAAAUUACCUGCUUGAAACUUUUGGUCUCUUGUUCCCAUUUCUUCUUUUUGCAUUUUGAAGCUCUACGAAGAACCGUCUUAAGGUCCAACAGUGCUAAAUAUAAAUUCUUGCAGUUUUUUAACUGGUCUUAAGAUUUUCAUCAGGAGUGUACUUAGUACACUUAUCUUUCCAGUUUGGAAAAAAACAGCAUAUUUAAAAUAAGGACUGGGCAAUUUGUCAAAAAAAAAAAAGAUCUGGAUAUAUUUUGUCAUAUCAUCUGAUCCGAUUAUUAUCAUGAUUUUUUUUAACUGCCAGUUUUAAAGCAUCUGUACUAAAAACUAAAGAAACUAGAGAUUAGUUCAACAUUUUAUUGAAAUACAAAGUAAAUAACAAAGCAGACUAUAUGAGAUAAACUUAGAAAAAUAUAAAAACCAUUUUAACUCAACAGUAUGAUAGAUUAAUGUAAAUUUAAAUAAUACAGUGAACUAGUUUACAGUCCUUAAAAUGUAAACACUAACAUCAUGCUUUCCACAUAAUCACUGGGGAAAUACUUCUUCAAAUGAUUAAACAGAUUUGUUGUGAUGCCAGUUUUUGAGGGCACCGACUGCCGACAUACCUUGCACAUCGGCGUCAUUGUUUGACGUCACUUUGGCUGGUAGUGGCUCAACGGUCACUGAAUUAUAUCCAAAUUAGCAGGAAAUAGACCACAGAAAGGCAAAACAACCUGUUGUGGAUAUAUUGUCUCCCCUAUACUGAGCCCAGCUGACUGGGGCUGCACUACGCUGCUGCCACACUCUAAAUACUGCUAUACGGAGCAAAUACGGAAUGCGUUCAGUACGGAUCCUGUAUGUUUUUGGCUUUACAGUGAUAAGCCAGUGAAAGGGCAGUAGUAGCUCUGCCUUGGCAGUGGCCAAUUGUUUCUUUCUUCUCCAUGUAUUUGAAAAGGCACUCACAAUCCUUUUACACACCCCAAUUGUGCACUCCACACGAGGAUCUUUCGCACUUCUCUCUGUUAACGAAGUUAAAAGUUAUUACUCUAGUUGUAUCCACAGAGCAUCAGACACCUCUAACAACCAAACAUUAAAGGUACAAAACAAUAGUAUAGUUCUGACAUUGACAGAACCGUUCCUCCCUCCAUGCAGUCAUAGAUUAGAUUAGAAGAUUAGAUCAAAUAAGUUGAUUAAUUUUUUGACUGACAAUUGAAAAAUUUAAAGCAUUGCAGUGGCAACAGCAGUGUAGGACUUAAGUACAAAAUGUCAAAAGGAGUAUAUAAAAAUAUUUCAUAGAAAUAUCAUCAAAUCAAAUCAUAAUAUUUUCAUUAGUUGCAGUCGUAUUUGCAUUGAUUGCAUUUAUAUCUUUGUGAGGCUAGCAUUUGCAUAAGCUUCAACUAAGAAGUGGCACAGCAGCUUUCAUGUGGUGGCCUCAUUGAUAACUGCCUCCAGAAAAUGCAGACAUGUGCAUCUGUAAAAGGCUUGCUCCAUUUUUGAAAGAGGCUGUUUAUUUGUUAAAUUCCUACUAAUAAAGGUUGUAAACCCAAGUGGCAUUGUGUGAUACAGCCAUUUUGUAAUGAGGGGCUCAAAAUAAAAUUAUGUGUAGGGCCCCAAUUUUGCCAGGGACAGCCCUGGUAAUUAGUUACAUAAAACUGUACACCCUAGGAGGCUGAUGAGCUAUUUUAGAGGGGCAUGGACACAUAAAAUAAAUAAUACAGCCAGCAAAUAACGCAAUCAGCAUAAGACACGGCAUACAAAUGCAACAGCUUUGCUUGUUGGCUAUGCUAAGUUUAUUUAUGCCAUCUCUGUAUACUUACCCCAGUGGACAAAGUACAUUAAACUAGCUUAAAAUGUUUAGGGAUGUGCAAUGAUUUUUUAAUAUUCGAAUAGUCAUUAAAUCCUAACAAGUCGAAUAGUUCAUAUCUGAAAAAAAAGUUUACUGCAGCAGCCAUCCAAAAGUUCUGUGUGGAGCUAUUUUAGCAAAACAAGUGAAGCAGAGGUUCAGUGUAAACUCUGCGAGGCCAAGCUUGCAUAUCACAAGUCUACGACAACCAUGCACAGCCAUAUGGAAGCAAAGCACCUAAGUGUAAGCGGCGGGUUGUCGUCACAGCAACAGUCAAUUGCCAGCAGACGUUUGAUGAAUGAUUUCAAAAACACAGGACAUGAUGUUAAAAGAUCCAAAGUGCCUGGGGACUCUGCAUGGCAGGGGCGUCCUACUCCCUGAGCCAGGUUUGCACCUGACCGCAUACCUACACACUUGAAGACUUGAGCAUUGAGAUGUUGAGACAGCUGGACAGACACUUCACAGGGGUUAUCAAGUGGGUUCCUACUUUCACCAACGUUUCGCUGAUUUAACCCCACGACGUCUCCAGUAGGCUUAGCAGUGUAAUCUGGCGUCCCAGAAACACCCCCCUCUGCGUCUGCCCAACCAGUUUAUUUCGGAGACCAGCUAGGGUCUUUCCUUUUCAGCCAAAGCCACUGGCUACACCGCUCUGCCACUCUGGAUAGAUCCUUGAUGGCCUGGCAUAGGACUUGUCCACUGAUUCCCAGGUCCUUCAUCAGCCUCACAGUCGACGUUGCCACAAACCCCCGACAUCCAACUUCUGCUGGGCAGACCUUUGCUCUCCAGCCCCUCUGUUCUGCUUCUGCUGCGAGAUCUGAAUAACGCAGUUUCUUUCGUUCAAAGGCUUCCUCUACCGCAUCCUCCCAAGGGACGGUGAGCUCCACAAAGUACACUCUGCGCUGUGAGUUGGACCACAGGACUAGGUCAGGCCUUAGGUUGGUGAUGACUAUCUCUGGUGGAACUAGGAGCUGUGUUCCCACGUCCACCAGCAUCUGCCAGUCUCUGGCUGUCUCCAGUUCCCCCAUUCUGGCCUUUGGUGGAAACUUCCUCUGUCCUUGUUUCCCUUCUCGAACAAACGCAAUCGAGUUGGCCGAGUUCGUUACUCUGGGCGGCAAGGCAUUGAUGGUGGUUCUUCUGCUUUCCAGACUUGCAGCCAGGCACUUAAGAACUUGGUUAUGUCUCCAAGUGUACCGUCCUUGAGAGAGGCUCACUUUACACCCAACAAGGAUGUGUCUGAGUGUAGCUCGUGUUGAACACAGGGGGCAUGAUGGAUCUUCACCCACCCAUUGGUUGAGAUUUGUAGGGGUAGGAAGAACGUCAUAAGUGGAUCGGAUGAGAAAACUUAUCCUACUUGCCUCCAUCUCCCACAUGUCCUUUCAGCUGAUGGUUCGUUUCUCCACACUCUCCCAUCUCAUCCACUGGCCCUGUUUUACCUGUGACACAGCCUUGGCACACCUGUUUGACUCCUCCUGUCGGCGGACUUCAGCCACAACCAUCUUCCGACGCUCCCGAGAGGCUGCCUUGUUCCAGCACGGACGCUUUUCACCCAGUCCCAAGCCACCUCUUCCAUGUUGGACUUGUCCCACGAUGUCACUGUGGUGGAGAGCAGAUUUUGCCUGCUGUACUGCGUUCUUAGCCGUCCACUUCCUUCCUGAUGCCACAGUUGGAGCAGCAGCUCGGAUGACAGUGUCUUUUGAUUCUGCCAGGGUCAUCUCUAGUCUCACUUUUGUACAUUUGAACUCCUCUGUGAGGCUAGAGAGGGGCAGCUGGAGUAGCCCCUGACCAUAGAGGGCUACACUGCUGAGGCAUCGAGGGACCCCUAACCACUUUCUCACAUGAGAGCUUAUCAUCCUCUCCAUUUUCUCAACCCUUGUGAGCGUGAGACCAUUCAUGGUUAGUGGCCACAUGAGGCGAGGCAGUAAUCUGAACUGUAAGCACCAGAUUUUCAGCUUGCCGGGCAACAUGGAUUUGUCGAUGACCUUCAGACCUUUGAUGAGUUCCUGCCUGAGUUCGUGCGCCUGGUCAGAGUCCUUUAGCUUUGAAUCGUACCAUCUUCCCAGGCUUUUGAUUGGCUUUUCCGCGACCGUUGGGAUAGGUUCUUCAUCGAUGAAGAACCUUUGCUCCGUCAGUUUGCCUUUAACUAUGGAGAUGCUUCUUGAUUUGGAUGGCUUGAAUUUCAUUCUGGCCCCAGUGAUGUUCUCUUGAAGAUUCCCUAGAAGGCGCCUGGUACACGGUAUUGUUGUUGUCAUGGUUGUCAUGUCGUCCAUGUAGGCCCUGAUGGGCGGCAGCCGGAUUCCAGAUGCCAAGCGCUCACCGCCCACCACCCACUUUUUUUCUUUUUGCAUGCAAUUUUGAGUUUGUCUCCACUGGUUGUUAGCUGGCCAUCAAUCUUCAAUCCAGUGGUGUCCUGCUUCAGUCCAGGUGGGUCUGUCCAGAAAAGUUGACCUACAGCACUAGGGUCAGAAUCCAGUUUGAAUAUUUAAUCUCCAAUCUUUAUAUCGCCAGUAAUGCAAUAAUUCAACGAAUGGGCUUCAUCAUAACAUUUGAACAAAACUUUUCUCUGUGUGGUAAAAACCAUUAAAUGGCCACACCGAACUUGAAAAUAAAUGCAUAACCACCAUACAAUGGUGGCUUAAAUCAUGUUAUCUACACUGAAGUUAUGAAUUCAAUCAAGUGCUUUAAAUGUUAAAUGAAGUUAGUCUUUUAAGUGCUUAGCACAGUUAAAGCUAGGGUUGGUUAUGUUGAAAAGCUAGCAAGAUUUGAAACAGGUUUCAUCCCCAGUACAGUGUAAACACAGUGCAAUAAAUAACACUCACUCUUGUGUUCUGCUGUGUAUACCAUGUACUGCUUUACAUAUUAUUCCUGGAAAAUUUGCACUGAGGUGUACAGUCUGUACAAUCAAAAGUUCUGUUUUGUUAUUACAUACAGUGCAUCCAGAAAGUAUUCAUACCACUUCACUUUUUCCACAUUUUGUUAUGUUAUAGCCUUAUUCCAAAAUGGAUUAAAUUCCUUUUUUCCCUCAAAAAUUCUAAACAAAAUACCCCAUAAUGACAAAGUGAAAAACUUUUUUUAGAACAUUUUGCAAAUUUAUGAAAAAUAAGACACUCAAAUGUUGCAUAUACAUAAGUAUUCACACCCUUUGUUAUAAAACUCAAAAUUGAGCUCAGGUGCAUCCUGUUUCCACUGAUCAGCCUUGAAAUGUUCCUCCAACUCGCUUGCUGUCCACCUGUGGCAAAUUCAGCGGAUUGGACAUGAUUUGGAAAGCCACACCUGUCUAUAUAAGAUCCCACAGCUGACAGAGCAUGUCAGAGCACAGUCCAAGCCAUGAAGUCGAAAGGAUUGUCUGUAGUCCUCCGAAACAGGGCUGUAUCGGCGCACAGAUCUGGGGAAGGUUACAGAAAAUAUCUGCUGCAUUGAAGAUCCCAAAAAGCACAGUGGUCUCCAUCAUUAAAAAAUGGAAGACGUUUGGAACCACCAAGACUCUUCCUAAAGCUGGCCGCCCAGCCAAAAUGAGCAAGCAGGGGGGAAGGGCCUUGGUCAGGGAGGUGACCAAGAACCCGAUGUUCACUCUGACAGAGCUCCAGCGUUCCUUUGAGGAGAUGGGAGAACCCUACAGGAGGACCAGCAUCUCUGCAGCACUCCACCAGUCAGGCAUUUAUGGUAGAGUGGCCAGACAGAAGCCACUCCUCAGUAAAAAGCACAUGACAGCCCACUUGGACUUUGCUAGAAGGCACCUGGAGGACUCACAGACCAGGAGAAACAAAAUACUCUGGUCUGAUGAAACGAAGAUCGAACUCUGUUGCCUGAAUGCCAAGCGUCAUGUCUGGAGGAAAACAGGCACUGCUCACCACCUCGCCAAUACCAUCCCUACAGUGAAGCAUGGUGGUGGCACCAUCAUGCUGUGGGGAUGUUUUUCAGCGGCAGGAACUGUGAGACUUGUCAGGAUCGAGGGAAAAAUGAAUGCAGCUAAGUACAUUGAAAUCCUUGAUGAAAACCUGCUCCAGAGCGCUCGAGACCUUCGACUGGGGCGAUGCUUCAUCUCUCAGCAUGACAAUGACCCUAAGCACACGGCCAAGAAGACAAAGGAGUGGCUUCAGGACAAGUCUCUGAAUGUCCUUGAGUGGCCCAGCCAGAGCCCAGACUUGAACCUGAUUGAACAUCUUUUGGAAAGACCUGAAAGUAGCUGUGCACCGACGCUGCCCAUCCAACCUCACUGAGCUUGAGAGAAUGUGCAAGGAAGAAUGGGGAAAAACUCCACAAAUCCAGGUGUGCCAAGCUUGUUGCAUCAUAGAUGAGAAGACUGGAGGCUGUAAUCGCUGCCAAAGGUGCUUUGACCAAGUAUUGAGUAAAGGGUGUGAAUACUUAUGUAUAUGCAACAUUUGAGAUUUCUUAUUUUUAAUAAAUUUGCAAAAUGUUCUAAAAAAAGUUUUUCACUUUGUCAUUAUGGGGUAUUUUGUGUAGAAUUGUUGAGGGAAAAAGGGAAUUUAAUCCAUUUUGGAAUAAGUCUAACAUAACAAAAUGUGGAAAAAGUGAAGUGGUAUGAGUACUUUCCGGAUGCACUGUAAUCUACUAUAAUGUGACAAGUUUGAAUAAAUGAGAAAUUCCUCUCUUUUACUAUUUCACCAUAAACAAACUAUUACAUUUCGCACCUCCAUACAGUAAGACCCAAUGACAACGAAUGUGGUUCAACACUUUUUUAAUUACAAAAUCAUAAAAUAUACAUAUAUUUUUUUACAAAAAUAUCUGUAUUUACACAGAAGAAAAGAUGUUUCCAGGGAUGGGUGACAAGUCAGACUUUUCAUGAGGCGUCAUUGUCAGCUGUGGCAAUCUAGUUAGUUGGCAGUGAUUUACCUUUAGAAAGAAUAUCACAAUCACACAUCCGACAAUAAAUAAUGCAUUUCAGAGACAUGCAAUGAAUGAAAACACUUACAACUGUUGUUUCCAUUUCACACAGUGAUGAACUUUUCUGACAGUUUCUGAAGUGGUUUAUCCUUGCUUUGUUUAGAAAACUAUUUUAGAUCGUAAGUCAUAAGGACAUUUUAAAUUACCUUUUGCUCAUACUUAUUUUUGCACUUCAUGAUCAAGCUAUAAUAUUUAAAGAAAACUCACCUUGCCCUAUGCUUUGUUGACUCUGCAAAAGCUCCAGUGUUGAUGGGGCUGGGACACCUAUAGAACCUCAUGUUGACGGGGAUCGUCAGGUCUCUGUCUUGCAGUCUUUGGUAAACCCCCAGUAAGAGACAAUGUGCACCGCAGAAUUGCACCUUAGAGGUCCACAAUAUAACUGCAGUCCUUGUCCACCUUCAGUGUGUAAAGGCUCCACUUCCUGGACUUUUUAUUGUACACCUUGCCGUAUCUACCAUAAUAGAAAAGAUUAUGAGCUUGAUUUUGUUUUUCCACAUAAAAUUCAACAUACUGAAUAGAACCAUCAGUCCUUUUCUUGGCUGGUCUGUCAACAUGGUGGUUGUAGUCCAGGCCAGCGAGAAUGACUCAAGCAGCGUAUAUAGGUGGCGAAAAACUGAAGUGUUUGCUGUCAUACAUUAGAAUGUGAUCGUGGAAAGAUUCUAACUCUGCAGUUGAUCUGAGAGCAGAGAGGAAAAAUAUAAUUGCUUAUACUCUGGUAAUACAAACGAAGACACAGCAGGACACAUUCCAAAGUUUAGUGAGAUAUUUACAGAGUGAAAAACAUUGAACAUAUGGUGACAUACCUAAAAUGUAGGUAUUUGUGUAUGCUCUUUAGCCAACGUGCAUCCAGGACUACUUCUGUCACUCUCUGAUGUGCCACAGAACCCUCCUGGAUCCGUUCCUUCUAUCCGUCCUCCACCAAAGGACCUUGUUGACAGGCACCAAGGGCCCAGGCAUGCUCUCCUGUCACAUGGUGAAGUAGUCCAGCCCACCAGUCCUAUGGGGAAAGAAAAUCACCUUUCGUAAAUAAUUUGGUCAAUAAGAAUAGAAGCCAAUUUUGCCCAAUAACUGUUCAGCAAUCUAUGGCCCACAUAGAUCAUAAUACUUACGAAGAAAUCCUCAUAAUUGUCUGCAGUCUUGCAGCAAUACCAGAAAUGGGUGCAGAUAUCCUUACUCUACAUCUGAAGGAUGGUGCAACCCCUUUACAUUGUAGCACAAAACAAAGAUCUCGGUGUCAAAAAGGUGUAUGAGAUGAGAAGUGGUGUAAAUUAUUGUAUUGAAAAAGGCAACUAUAUCUUUUUAAAGAGAUCAUGAACUUACUGCAUGAAUUCUUUUCCCCAAACUUUUGGACCCAUGCCACAUGUCCAGGGUGUGUCGGAUGCCAGAAUCUUUAUAUUUCCCUUUGUUGUCUGUUGGACGUCAUAAAGAAUAUAUGUGAAGUCAUUAUCCAAAUCACUGUCCAUUCAUAAUAAUGUAAGUGAUGAUUGAUGCAUGGGACAGUGUUGGACUGCUUAAACAACCUCCCACAGCACUGCAAAAUACAAUAAGUAACUAAUUGAAUGAAGCUGAUAUCUGUGUAUGAACAUCUGUGCAGAAUUUUUUUAAUGUUGAGUUCUUCCCGUAUUGUCUCAAAUACCUGCAUCAAGCCCUCCUUCUCCAUUAUAACAGAAUUCCGACUGGUCUUACGCUUGUCAAUGUUGACCAUGCAUAUUAUCUGUUUUGAUUGAUUUAGGGCUGAAACGAUUACUCGAGUAACUCGAGUAACUCGAUUAAUAAAAUUCCUCGAGGCAAAUUAUAUGCCUCGAGGAAUCGUUUAAAUCCGGAACCAUGUGCAGCGCACGGUGUUUGACACGGACGGUUAUUUCUGUUGCGCAGAAGCGUGCUCUUUCCGCUCCUUCCGCUGCCGCGCGUUUGGUUCAAUCAUGGAGGGAAACGAGGACAGACAGAAGCUGUGUCCGAAAUGGCAUACUGCCUGCUAUCUACUUACCUACUCAAGCAGUAGCUACUGCCUACUGACUACUCAAAGAUGAUUUGAGUAUGCCGCGGCUGCCCGAGCGUUUACACACAUACAUACUAAAUACCCCAGAAUGCAUUUCGUGCCGGCCGGACGCAGCGCCGGGAAAAUUUAAAUAGUCCUACCACAAGCUACAUAGAACGACUGCAUACCGGACAAAUUAUAUAAAUUAAUUCAAUAAUAAUAUUUUUUCUAGCGAGAAAGUAAGUGUUUACAUCACGAUUAUGAGCCCAGUUGUUUGAAAUAGUGGCUGUUCGGCGUUUUCGGAGACCGAAGCGUCCACUUGGUCGGUGUUUGCGUCUAUUUACCGUAAACACCGGGCAGCAGCAGCUCCCCCUUCACGUUUCCAAAUUAUUGCGAAGUGUUUUCAUAAUCAACAUCUACACGACACAAACCGGGCGGCAGUGGAUGAAAAAAAUCACACAAACAUCCGUGUAUCCAUGGUGAUAAUGCUAUACACCACCUGCUAGGCGUGUGAUGAGCAGCAGAGGGCUGCAAAAUGACCAACACACAACAACAUGUAAAUAAAAAUGUAACACUUUUAUAUAUUGAAUAAAUGUACAUUUGCUUGUCAAAUUAUGUUAGUAUCCAAGAAUUAUAUUAUUUCAGCCUAUUAAUUAAACAAGUAAAAUUAGAUCCAAAGCCUGGAAAUAGUUGUGACUGGUUUAGUGAAAACUGCAAAGAUCAUUACCAUAGCAAUUAAAAGACCAUCUGCAGACCUUGCCUUCAGUAGUUUCAUGUGAACUACAUGGUAAAAUGUAAAACUUUUGGUUCCUGAUUUAUGCAGUAAAAAUAUUCAUUUGAAAGACCUGGCCUAUUUCAGUUUUGUGUGUUACUGAUGGUUUUUAAUGAGGCAAACGUGAUUCAAUGCAAAGUAUUACAGUGAGAGCAAAACAUUUCUUAUCCGAUUACUCGAUUAAUCGACAGAUUAAUCGAUAGAGUACUCGAUUACUAAAAUAAUCGAUAGCUGCAGCCCUAGAUUGAUUGUCCAUGGCAGUAUAUGUACAAUACUGUGCACUAAUCCAGGACUGUCAGCGACCAUCUCCUUCGAAAAUAACCCCCCCUCUCAAAAAAUACACAGUAUACAAUACAGUUACCAGAACAUUUCCAUCUUACAUAUUUGUAAUAAUGCAGAUUUCCCUCAUCAAUACUUUAUCAUUCUUUUUUGUGCGUUUGUGUGCAUGUGUAUAUGUCUCUAACUCACCCAGAGCAAGAACAGGUCCUUUUGACUUGAGCUGGAUGAUGAUUGUGGCCCUCUUCUCAUCUCAGAACUCCUUAUAGUGUCAACACAAUAGGAGUUCUGGAUUCUGAAGAAUAUCAACCUCCCUACCAUCCCCAUCUUCAUAACCUUGAACAGUAAUGAGAUCUUUGCAUAGUUGUUGCAUGACAGCAAAAUAUAACUAGGAAGCAUAAAGUCUCCAACAAGCAUCCCAUAUUUCAACAUGGGCUGGGAAAAAACAUCUGGAAAAAUAGCAGGUAGAGAAAGACAGCACAUUAUAGUAAUUACAAUGACUAAUACACGUUCAUUUUCCAUUCUCUGCCCUACAGAACUUGUGUUGUAAUCUUUUUCUUGUGCAUAUGGUCAAGUUGAUCCAGAAAAUAGGGUUGGUGUUACAGGGUAAAAAAAAAAAAACAUGUCCCAACUUAUGUAAUAAUCAUUUAUGCUAAAUGAAGACUCAGCCAUUCAAUUACUGCAGCUGUUCCCCUGGACCUGACUUUGACUUCGAAUGGUCCAGGUGCACGGCACUCUUCCUUCGUGUUUUGGUCCUUGACAGAACAUAUGAUGACAGGGGGGAGCAGGUACUCAGCAAGCUGCCUCAGGCUGUCAUGGUAAGCAAUAGAUGCAGGAUGGCUAAUGAUGUCAUCCUCAACCAGGACUUUGCUGCUUCUGUGGGUGAUGGCAUGUCUGCCAUAGUUAGAUCUGGGGUUUUGGCAGGAGCAUCUUACAUAGUGUCCUCCAUGCUGAUAUCUUGAAGUGAUUCCAAGCAAAUUGGAGUCUUCAGAGCAUCACCAUUCUUGCUGUAGUAAUAAAAUUUGUGGGGUCUUUUUGCCUGUUGCAUCAAAGCAAAAUACGGUAUCCAUCGCGUUGCGUGAGGGAAGCUCAACUUGCAUACGUGACUACUGGUUCACUUUGGACCCGACCAGACAAAGCAAACCAGUAAUCGCGGAUAUGCGGCGACUUGCCCUCACGCAAUGGGUGCUGCUGGCCUAAAAGCAUAAUUAGUAAGUGGAGGAAAACACUGACAAAUAAAAUACAGACACUGGCAACUGUAGCUGUGCAAUAUGACCAAAAUAACAUGCCCUACAACCUCUUUAAUACAGCGGUACCCGUAUGACCGCUUACAUGCAGAGAAAAGCUAACGUUAGCUUGGUUAUAAAAACUGACUAAGCUGGCAAACAUAACAUUUUUCCAGAAAAUAAAAAAAUCCAUCAAAGCAAAACAAAUAAUUUCCUUUCCAACUGAAACAAAGCGACUGCUUUAUCGCUUUUCAGGCCCCCUAGGUCCCUCAGUUGUCUCCAUCGCUAAAAAGCUGCUCCGAUGUUGACCUUGGUAUGUCUUCUUCAUUUAUCACAAGCCUGCCUUGUUGCAGCCUUUUCUACCACUGUCCUCCUCUUCUUUGGCUGUGUAGCUGGCUGAGCUGUCACGGGUAAUGCUGGAAUUGGCAAUUUCAGCUGCUAUUUCUCUGCUAUUGUAAACAGGCUAUUGAGGUAUUUCGGCAGAAGAGCGUCCUUGCUACCUGCAGCAACGACGAAGGGAUCGUGUGCCCGCAGGGAGGAGGGGAGGGAGGUAGGGGCAGAGGGGAGUGGGGUGGCGCAAUUCAAGACAUCUGAUUGGUUCUUUACAUUCGGAUGGAAUGAAAUGAUUGGUCAAAUUUUUUACUGUAUUGCAGCUGCCACAGAUCUCAGAUUCUCUUUGUUUCUCUUUCUGAAAACAUAAUGAAUUGACUGCUCUCAGGGUGGAAGGACCAUUUCACCCACUAUGACAAAAAGUGUCUUUGAACAACUUCACCCUGCCUUUAAGGGAUUUUACACAACCCAGUUCAGUUAGUGCAGAAAUAAAUCUGUAUUGCAUUAAACACACCUGUUAAUUCUACAUUUGACACUGUUUGUGCUUCUUACAAGAUAACUGUGGCUAAAUGAUGCUAACAAUGGCGGCGAAAUGCUAGUAUACUGGGGUUGCUAGUGUACUUGCAAACGCAGUGUACUGGCUAACGGGGCUAACAUUAGCAUACCUCAGUUCUUAUUUUCUAACCUCAACUUAUUAACCUCAGUUAUUUAAGAUGGCCGCGUGAGUGUAUUGGCGUGUGAACGUCUUCAAACUUUAACAAACUUCUACAAAACAAAAAGAUUUAUUGAUCAAAACUGACCCACAGUUGUUUCAUUAGCUCUAUGAAGCUUACACCUUCGCUUUGUGGCGUGAAGUGCCUUAUUUUGGGCAAAAUUAUGGCGGAUCAAGAGAAGCAAUUGCAAAGCUGAAGCAACAAGAAUGAGAGCGAAUGCUGUAGUGGCGGUGCUGUGAUAAUGAAAGAGCUGAAGGCGCUGAACACAAGACUGGACCGCAUGCAGAUUGACUUGGAAAAUCAGGUCAGUUCCAGAAUUGAUAGCAUGGAAAAGCAAGUUAACUCCAGAGUUGAUAAAUUGUGUGGAUCGAUGGAGAAACUGAUGGCUGAGAAUAAGGACGCUGUGCUGAAAGAGACUGAAAGAGCCACAAAAGACAUGCGAGCAAAUCUGGACACUGAGGUGGGAAUUCUGUGUGCAUGAAUGGAAAGGAUGGAGAAGAAAAUAUCCGACACAGAGGCUAGGAAGAAGAAUUUUGAUCCAGAGAUCUCUGUGAUUGUGGUGGCGCUCCCUGAGUCUGAAGGAGAGGAUUUAAUGUCAAGUGGACGCAGUCAUCCCGGAGUGUGGCGAGAGAAGCUGGCCUUGGCGGUGACUGAGAGUGGCACGCCCAGCCCGACAGGUGUGUGACUGAACAUUUUUUGUUAGCCCAUUGGAUUGUUAAUGGAUGGACGCUGUCAAACUGCGAUCUUAGAAUAUUACAACUGAAAUCCUUACGCCCCGAUUUCAUUUCUUUAAACGAAACUUAUUUAUGCAGUGAUUCACAUUCACUAGACGUUGAUGAAUUUACCUGGUUUGGACAUAAUCGUAUUGCUCACAAAAGAGUUGUUAAAUCCUCUGGUGGAAUUGGGUUCCUGGUAAAAAAUGCAGUCUUGGAUCGAUAUUCAGUUAGUAUUGUUGAUAAAACAUUUGAUGGGAUUUUUUGUUUACGAUUUGAGCACCGGGAGUCGCAGUAUUCUUUUAUUUUGAUUUCACGUUACCUGUCUCCAGAAUCAUCUACAUGGGGACGUAAUGCUGAUCUUUAUUUUAGCCUUUUACUGGCGGUGCUAUAUACUAUUACAGACAAGGUGGAUUCAAUCUAUAUCUGUGGUGAUUUGAAUUGUCAGAUUGGGGAUAUUGAAGACUAUGCUGAAGGAAAUGAUAUUUUGCCUCGUAUGAUUUUGGACACAAGUGUAAAUAAACAUGGUCAUACCUUCAUUGAAUUCUUAAAGGACUCUAAUUGUUGUAUACUUAACGGCAGGUUAAAUCCUGAAAACAUCAAUUUCUGUAAGGGGCAAAGCUGUUGUAGACUACAUAGUGACGCCUCAUGCUGAUAUGAAAACAUGUAUUGAAUUUAAUGUUUACACCCCCUCUGAUCUCAUUGAUAAAGUCGGUCCAGAAAGUUUAAAUUUGAUUGGUGACUAUAGAAGACUCCCAGAUCACUCGGUUCUUUGUCUUCGUUUUCAAGUGGGAGAGGUAUUUAAUAACCAGAAUAAUGCUUGUAGCGUAGGACCACAAUUUAACUAAGAACUGUAAGGUACAGUAGGGCGCUAGCCACCGCUCCCUGGCGUCCCUUUCUAUGGACAAAGAUGCUGUGGACUCUCACUAAAUAACAGGGGAGGGACAAGGAUAUAAAGGGAACAACAUAGACAUUUAUUAUAACACAAACAAACAAUGCACAAUUGACUCACUAAAUCUUAUACUAAAUAUGUCCUAUCUAACUAUACUAAGUCCCUACCUAAUCCUAAACUAAUGGUACCAAUGUUGCCCGGGGUUGGAGCUCAGAGGAGGACGUGAGGAUUGUGAUUCGGUCAGGAUGGAGGUCUGUGGAGAGGUCCCGGUGUUGAGGGAUUGUGAUGAUCAGGUGUCCACGGAAGAUGAAUGAAAAACUGUUCUCUGGUGAAGAGGGGAGGGGGUGAAGAUGUGGUCCAGAGGAGGAGGGGGGUGAACUAAGUCCUUAAACUGGGGCCAGUUAACGUUUGCCGGGAUACGAAGGACAAUGACGCAGCUAGCGAGACCUAGCUAGCCACUGUUGGGAAAACGAGAGCUCACGUUAAUCGGCGAACUAACUUCAAUAUAAAGUCUGUUUGUUUCCUCUUUUAGGUAUAAUCUUCACAGGUCUAAAAACAACUUGUUGUGCGGGUUAUUAAUCACACAAAACUUCACCGAAAUGUACAUCUGUAGGACACACGAAGUUGCUCCGAUCGUCUUCUCUUCUCAAAACUUUCUCCUCUCACUCAACAGGCAGACACACACGCACGCACCAAAUCACACGCGCACUGAUACGAACACAUCAGCCUAAUUACAGCAACACUGAAAGAACGUAUAUCUCCGCUGUAUGAAUGACAUCGCACACACAACAACAAUAACAACUGUACAUCGCUGCAGUAACAAUGAUAAACAGGAUAUAUCAAAAUAACAAACCAGAAGUAAAGAAGAAAGGGGGCUUAACUGGGCAGGGAGCAGUGGGAAGCCGAUGUUACUGCUUAGAGGGGUUCUCAAAGUUAAGAAUAAAACUAAUCUUCUAGCCACUUCUGAGUCUUCAAUACAAUGCUGAUCGUUUACAGUAUGUAAAAAGGAGAAGCAAUAGUUAUCCUGAUAAUUUCCUCUCCUCGGAAAUAUGUCGCAGGGCUAUACUAGAGGUAGUAGACCAACUACAGAUAGCACAGGAAAAUCAAGAAAAGGUGGAUCAGUGUUACACCAAUCUCUGUAACUUUUUACAUGCUGAAAUGGAGAAAUACUGUCCUGUACAAAAAAUGGGUUCUACAAAGAAAUAUUACAGAGCUAAACAACCAUAUUGGAAUAACGAAUUAAAUGAGGCGUGGUUAAAGUUACGUUCUGCAGAGAGAACAUUCCUUAAAUGUAGUAACAUGGAUCCCGGGAAGAGGAGGGUUCCUGCAUAGUGAAUUCGUUUGUUAAGAGGAAGUUUAAAAGAGGUCAAGCUCUUAAGUUAGAACAGCAACAAACCGGUAACCCACAGCAAUUUUGGAGAGAAAUAUAAGUUAGGUCCAAAAAAGAAAUCAUUAAUACCCUGGGAGGUUUUAUUGGAAAAUGGUGAAUCUUUUUUUGAGUCGGAUCAAAUAUUGAAAAAAUGGGAAAAAGACUACAGUAUCUUGUUCACCCAUAGUAGCUCCUCUUCAUUUGAUGAUGAUUUUUUUAGAGGAAAUCUGUAAAAUAAAGCUUGAGUUGGAAAGUGGGAUGAAUAUUAUUUAUCAUCAAAAUGAUUUACUGAACAGUGAAAUCACAGUAGAUGAGGUACUUAAAGUGCUUAAUAAAGCUAAAGAAAAUAAAGCCAUUGGCAUUGAAGAGCUCCCUAACGAGGUCCUUAAAAGUCUUAACUUAACUAAUGUACUACAUUGCCUGUGUUACAUAUGUUUUCACAAUGGUAUUAUCCCAUCAAUGUGGAACAGAUCAAUUAUCAGGAGACUUACUCUCCCCUUCUCUAUUCGCUCUUUAUAUAAAUGACCUAGUUAAAGACAUUAAACGGGUUAAUGUUGGUGUUCCUAUAGAGGAUAUUAAUUUGAGUAUUCUGCUUUAUGCAGAUGACAUUGUUUUGAUUGCAGAAAAUAAAAAUAAUCUGCAAAUUAUGCUUAAUAUUAUGAGUUCUUGAUCCAAUAAAUGGCGCCUUGCUAUUAAUAGUGGUUCAUUUCAAGUAGUUCAUUUUAGGAAGAAAAGUAUAUUGCAGAGUAAUUAUAAAUUUCAGCUUGGCUCGGCAUCUUUAGAGUAUACUUGCCAUUAUAAAUAUCUUGGUUUUGUUUUUGAUGAAAAUAUGAAGUUUUCGUAGGGAAGGAAAAUACUGGCAGAGGCUGCAGGAAGAGCAUUAGGCUCAGUGUUGAGUAAAAUGAAAUCUUGUACGGACCUUGGUUUUUCUACAUUUACACAGCUUUAUAAAUCUUUGGUUGACCCGGUUUUGUUAUAUGCUGCAGGGAUUUGGGGUUUUGAGGAGGUCUCUGAUUGUAAUUCUGUUCAGAAUCGUGCUUUGAGAUGUUUUCUUGGUGUCCAUAAAUAUGCAGCAAAGGCAGCAAUUGAAGGGGAUGUAGGAUGGGACCCUUGUAUUGUAAAACAACAUUGUGAAGUGGUGUGACUGUGGAAUCGUUUGGUCAGUCUGCCAGAGGAAAGGCUAACUAGGAAAAUUUUUAACUGGGACAGAGCAAAUCAUCAUCCCUGGUCCAGUGAGAUUUCAAUGAUCCUGUUUGCCUCUGACAUGCAUGUAAUGUUUAGAAAUAAUCUGUGAUGUAAUAUAAAUUCUGUAAAACAAAAAAUGUUUGAGAAGCAUGAAGCCCAAUGGAAACAGGAUAUGGAAGAAACUAAAGCUCAGAAAUUCUGUUCAGUUCAAGAAGGAUUAUAUUACAGAACCUUAUAUUUUCCUUAAUUUAAAGAGAAGACAGAGAUCUCUCUGUGCUCAGUUGAGAACAGGUACCUUACCUCUGGCAGUAGAAGUGGGAUGAUUUAAAGGUUUUUGAAGAUGCACGUUUGUGUGAAUUCUGUGAUUUACAGGUUGUUGAGGAUGAAUUUCAUUUUGCUCUCAAUUGUCCCUUGUAUGAUGACUUAAGGAAUGUCAUUUUUGAAUCAAUUCAGUUUAAAAUACCUGAUUUAUUUUGGAAGAGUGAAGGUGAGAUUUUGGGUUGGUUGUUUGAAAAGGGUGUUUUUGUUUUGGCAAAAUUUGUUGAAAAGGCUUGGCAUGUGCGGCAAAGUAUUUUGUAUCCUGUAGGAUGAAAUUUUUUUGUUUUUCUUUUAUUAUUCUCAUUGUAUGUGCCACGAUUCUUAGUGGAGUUUUGUUGUUAUUGUUGUUGUCUAUUAUGUUGCGUGGCUGUCUUGGAUACAUUGUGUUAUGAAUCUGUUGAUCAGUGCCUAAUAAGCCCAUGUGGGCUGGGCACCAAUUUUGGUGUAUGACACUUAAAUAAAAUUAUCAAAUCAAAAUCAAAUCAAAGCAUAGGCCCUAGCAUUAAAUUAGAGCUAGCCUGUAGCAUAGCAAUCAGCUGUUAGCAUUAACUUCAGUUAACCUGCACUGAUCUUACCUCUUUUUGUGAAUGUAAGUAGAAUGGCUUCUGUCUGUCUCAGAGAUAUUUUUAGCUUUUAUUGUGCUGGGAUGUUAUCGUGGCAACAGAUGAACACAGAGCACGUGUUUUGGUCGACAUCAUCCUUCUUUUAACCGAAAUAACUCCAGAUAACUGACUUUCCUUUUCUUUUUGGCAACAAGUCUUCAUCUUCGGUGGUUUUCUUUGUUUGUUGUUCAGUUUGCAAUCGUUGUUGUUGUUGCUACCGGGGUUGUGCUGAGAAACGCAUGUCUUUCAAGAAUUGCAUGCACCUCACAAAACGUGCACUGCUUAUAGUAGAGUGGUCCAGGGAAAUGUACAAUUUAAUACCCACACAAUCCUUAUUUGUUGGGCUAAACAGUGAUGAGUAAUGUUCCGAAAGUAAUUCUCAGCGGACACGCGUUUCUCAGUGUAUCUCAGUCGGCUACCCUUGAAAUUAGAUGAGUUCAUUCACCUCCGACAUCGCAGGCUCUGUGAUGUGACUAUCGCGCACAUGUACAUCGCGAUGAUGAUGCUCAAACGAUAUAUCGUGCAGGCCGAGUAAGAAGGAUAGACCUUUGUUUAGGAAGGUCCCACUGACCACUUUAUUGGGGACACCAUGCUAGUACCGGGUUGGACCCUGCCUUAAUUCUUCCUAGCAGUCAUCAAGGUGUUAAAACCUCAGGGAUUUUUGUCUUGAUUAACAUGAGAGCAUCAUACAGGUGCUGCAGAUUUUCAGCUGCACGUCCAUCUCCUGUUCCUUCAUGUUCCAAAGGGGCUCUACUGGGCUGAGAUUUGGGACUGUGGAGGUCACUGGAGACCUCAGAUCAUCUCAAACCAGUUAAAGAUGAUCUGACAAGGUGCAUCAUCCUGCUAGUUUCCAUUAGAAGAUGGGCACACUGUGGUCCUUAAGGGAUGGACAUGGUUAGCAACAAUACCCAGGAAAGCUGUGGGGUUUAAACAAUGCUCAGUUAGUACUAAGGGGUCCAAAGUGGGCCAAGAAAAUAUCCCCCACACCAUUAGACAACCAGCAGCCUAAAUCACUCUUACAACGCAAGACAGAUCCAUGCUUUCAUGAUAUUUAGACCAGAAUCUGACCCACCAUCUGAAUGUGACAGCUGAAAUCCAGAGUCAUUAGACCAGGUUUCUCCAAUCUUCUGUAGUCUAGUUUUGGUGAGCCUGUGUGAACUUUAGCUUCAGUUUCCUGGCCUUACCUGACAGGAGUGGCCCCCCAGUGUGGUAUUCUGCUGCUGUAGUCCGUCUGCUUCAAGGUUGAACAUGUUGUGUGUUCAGGGAUGAUAUUCUGCAGACUUUGGUUGUAACAAAGGGUUAUUUGAUUUACUGUUGCCUCUCUAUCCUCUCAAACCAGUCUGCCCGUUCUCCCCUGACCUCUAACAUCAAUAAGACAUUUUCUUCCACACAGCUGCUGUACACUGAAUAUUUUCUCUGUUUAAGACGGAUGGGAAUCGAGAACUGGUUCUUGUUGAGAAGCGGUUCCAAAUGGUUCAAUACACCAUCAUCAUUUACAUCUCUAAUGAUUCCCUUAACAAUUCUUUUCUUCUGGGUGCCUUGAAAGAUGGUCUCGCAAGUGCUAGUUUACGCGAAUGGGAACAGAGAGAGAAAAAAACAUUGCGGAUGAUAACAAAAGUAGGCAGAAACAAGUGGCUUAAUUUUACUAAGAAAGACGACAAAAGUGCAAUGUUUGUUGAGCAGUGAUAUCAUGCAAAGGUGGAAACACCAGCAACAUGCUUAAACAUUUGUCAACAGGGUACGGCAUUUAAUAUAAGAAGUCACAUGUAUUCUAUGCUCUUAGCCGGUCGUCAGCGGCUGCAACUUCAUCUCGGCACGGCAUUGAAGGUACGCAUGAUCGGGUGACCAUACGCCCUCUUUUACCCGGACAUGCCCUCUUUUGGUGGAUGUCCAGGGGAGUUUAUAAAAUCCUUCAAAUGUCCGUAAUGUGUAUUAAUUCAUCAUAAAACAGUGCAGCGCAUCAGUGCUCUCUGCAGCUCUGCCCCUCUGCUCAUAUAAGCAAAGCCACUGAUGCGAUGCAUGCAUGCACUGUCUUUGGGGAUUCAGAAUACAUGUUUAACAAUGUUAAAAGUACAUAAAAACCCCUGACCCAACACAAAAAACCCUCUAAUUUUCCGCCCCCUGUAGUUGUGUCCUCUUUUGGGGGCUUCAAAAUAUGGUAAACAUAACAUAUGUCCAUAUCUGCCAACACUCCCAUUUUUCCUGGGACUCUCCCAUAUUUCAGAUCCAUCUCCCGCCCACCUCCCGUAUUGUCAUUUCUCCAGGGAAUCUCCCGUAGUUUGCAUGGUCCACAUUCAUUCAUGAAUCGGAUCACUAUAUUUGUCCCAAGUUGCCAGGUUUCUUGACAACUGAUGAUAGUCCUGUGUGUCUGCUGAGCCUCCCAGACACUGGAUUGAUAUUUUUAGUUUACCAUUUGAGAUGAUUCAGGUCGAUUUAAGCUGUAAACUAUAUUGAUUCAUUUUGUUGCAAAAUGAACACUUCAAUGAAAAGGAAACAAACGUGAGAUAUAAUAUUUACGUUGAUAGUCUUGCACAGUCUCCGAGUGAUGUGUUCAGGGCAGCCUCAGAUAAAAGAUUGCUGUAUUGCAUGCACGGAUGUUCAGAGAGCCUCAUACGAGAGAUCAUGUAAAACAUUUGCAUUCAUCGCUGAUCUGAUUGUGAACUCUAAUUCUUAUGGAGUAUUUUGUUCUUUACAAUGUCUCAGGAACUCAUAGGGUUCGAAGUUUCCAGAAACUUGUCAAACUUGGCUAAUUAUCAUCCCAAUGUGAAACAUAAAUAAGAGUAGCCUAAAUGUAGCAAAAAUUAAUAUUUUUUGCCAAUGGACAAACUACUUUCUCAGACUUUGAAAAAGUUCUUUACAUAGAGUAAAGGAAAAAAGAAGUGAUAUGAAUGUAAACCAGUUAAGUAACUGGUCAUGAAUAUUUUUGGUCUGUAUUACCAAACGGUAUAACUGUUUUGGUGUUAUCCUCUGUUUUACUGGACAGUAAUGUUUAAUAUUUGGGGCUACAUACUCAGCUCAUUACAUACUAUUUACAAACCGGCAAAUAUUUCAGGGCUCUUCUUUUCUUUCCCUUGGUGUAACUCUAGUAAUGUGAAGUUUUAGUGAAGUCCAACGUGCUGCAGCAUUGCAUCAGAGUGUGAUAUUUGACACAUCUGUCUUUCUGUAAAAAGACUUCAUUAAAGGCUGCUCACGCAAAUCCUUUCUCAUCACUACCCCAAGCCUUAUUCAGGACUUAGCACAGGUGUCUGUGUAUACUUGCAGCUGAGGAUGAAGGACAGAGGAGACCACAGUUCAGAGCUUUAGAAGCCAGCGUCUGAAGUGCAAUCUUUGCCAGUUUGAAAGAUGUCUGCAUGUCCUGUAAAAAGUUCUCAUUUUUCAUGUUGAAGUUGUUAUGAGUGGCUGUUGUGUACUAAGAAAGAGCUCAUAGAGACCAGGUGCACAGUUGCAGCCCCUGGGUGAGAAAACUCAAAACACAACCCUGGUAACAGAUUGUACAUAUACUUACAGAACACACACUGUUAAUCUCUGUCUGAUUGAAGAUUAUAUCAAAAAUGUGUUUGAGAUUGUCUUCAAUAAUCUUGGAUACUUGGAUAACAAAGUUUGUGUGUUUCCUCUCUUGUAGGGCAAACAGUUAGAAAAUCAGAAACACAGUAAGUCGUACUUCUUAACCAGAGCCAGAGAGGACAUGUCUUCAGAGAGCAUCAUGGGAGCACUAUCUUGUGCUGACAUCUCUGCCCCCUCAGCCUCCAGAGAAGACUUAGACUCACCUUUCACGGUCUCAGAGCUGCGUUCCAGGCUGUUCAGUGAGGAACCCGGUUUCCAAUCAUCUCUCACUGGCAGCAGAUCAACUCAGCACAGCUUCACUGGUCCAAUUAUGGAAGUCCAAAGACUGAAUCUACCUCUGAGACCAUUGCUGACCUCCACAGUUAUGCACCCUACCUACAACCCCCUCUUGGGUAAACAUAGAGGAGACCAGACUCAGCUCAGGCUGGGACAAAGGCAGGGUGGAGUUAAAGGACAGACCAUAUGUUACUCGGCUGGAGGACGUAUAAGAAAACAAAGUAUGUCCUCCCAUCAAGCAAACUACUGGGCCUGUGCCAUCCCUAAACCUUUGCCCCCCUCUCCAGAUAGACACUCUGCAAGCUGGGACCCAAAUAGGGAGUACCAGGCCCUCCUGGACUAUACCUACCCUCUGCGACCAGGACAGGUGGGAAGUGAGUGGCAUACCUCAGAGCUACAAGAGGAGUCUCUCCUUCAAACAGACCCCAAUCUGCAGGACUCAGGGAUUGAUCUGGACCACCUCUGUAGCUCCCCCAACUUGUCAGGGUUGAGCAGCGGGGAGAUAAGGGGGAGAAGUACUCUUGUUGAGGGCCAUAGGUCACCUGACCUGCAGGGGUCCAUCAGUUCUUCAAAUGGUCUGUCUUCAGACCCUAUAGGUUUGUUUCUGGAUAGUCAGGACUGUAGGAAGAACACAGGUGGAAAUAAUCUCUACACAAAGACACAACACCAGCAUCAGCCCCAUGUUGUCUCCUCCUCGGCUUUUAGGUGCUCAACCAGCUUUCUUCCAUGGUCAAGGUGUGUACGUAAGGACCUGGAUGAGGAGUUUUGGCCUCUCCCAAAGCAGCUGGAGGAGCUGCAGCAGCUGUCUCAUCAGGUCAGUGCUGUGGACUCAGGUGACCUUUUACUUAAAGAGGGGGUAUUAUGCCUUUUUUCAGAGUCUGUUCUUCCUCUUUGAUACCUAAGACCCACUCUGUUUUUCUUGUUGUCUAUAUGUUCAUAUGGCAUUUUUCUGAUGCUAGAGGACAUACCAUGUAAAAACUAAGUGCAGAAUUGCUUUUCUGAGUAUUUCUGCAUUCGAAUUGCUGUGGACCUCUGGCAGACUCAAACAGCAGGUUCAGACACAGUGGGAUGUCACGAACCUAGUCUCUGCCCCCUUUGCCCCGCUCUGCAGGCCAGAUUAUGAGAAAUAGAGAGAACUAUCAUGUUCGGUAGUGGGUUGCAAUUAAUUAUAUUAGCUUUCAUUAUGCCCCCAAAGACAUCAGUUUUUGAGAGCUGAAUAGCUCCCAUAUUACCUGCCACUUCUACUGCACCUGCAAUGUUAGGCUGCAAGCAAGCGCGAAAAGGAGUGUGCAGAGCAGCGCUGUCUUCACCCACAACUCAGAGGUGAAUUGCUAAUGAGCCACUGGAGCUCCGCAGAAGAACAGCCCUUGAAAAUGACACAAUUUUGGAGAACAGAGGUAACAGAGGUAACUCUUAGGUUUUCUGAACUGAAAGUUCACUUACAAUUCUCUUUUUUUUUUCUUCAUUAUCACUGUUACAAUCAAGUCAGAAUUGGGUUUUGAUAGUAUUAGUGUGGCAUAUUAUUCUUUCUUAAUGCCAGGGGCAAUGACUGUGAAUGGGAGGAGAGUUGAGAUGUGUUGGUAAGUAUAGGACAUGCUCGAGAUAAAGGAAGGGAUGCCAAAGUUUAAAGUUGUUUUGGAUUAUAUUAUUAAACACGGGAGGGCUGAAUGCCUGAAUUUAACGCACAAGAAUUAUGAUGCAUAUUAAAAACCUAAUAUGGAUAAGUAGUGCAAUGCAAAAGGUAAUGCAAGCACGAAAUUUGGGCCAAGUGCCCUUUGAGGGCCAGUCUUUUGAAAAAUAAUGAAAGACACUUGAAAAAUUACAGAUGGCGGCCAUUUUUCAAGAUGGCUGCCAGAUUAGUUGAAAAAUGGUAAGAGGAGUGUACAUGGGUCACUUGACCAGAAACUGCUCACAGCCACUUGAAAUUUCAAGAUUCUAGCCUUUCUUUGAGAUGGCCACCUGGAUCUUUAAAUACUAUAUUAUAGAGAUGCACCGAUUGCAAUAUUCUUGGCCGAUACCGAGUUCCGGUUUUAAAGGAGGUCUGACCUGCCAAAACCGUUUUUUCCGAUACCGAUUUUCUAUCUAAGAAAUAAUUAUAAUCAUAUAAUAGACACCAUAUUUGUUUGGCUUGAGUACCCAUUCCCAAUUUUAAUUUAGGUACCCCUCUCCAAGACAAAAUUUUGCUUAACUGCAAUUAAAAGCACAACUAAUGGUAGGCUAUAUGCUAUCAUAACCCCCCUUUUCAAGAAUAAAACCUCACAAAUAAGAAAUUGAGUGAGAGUUUCAACAGUGCCUCCUGAGCAGAUUUAUUUUCAACACUGACCAUAACAUUCAGUCAAGUUUACAGGUCAAUAACUAACUUAGAUUCAAACAACAUUCAAAAACGUCCCAGCAUUUGCCUGGUACAAUGUAAUUUAUUGACUACCCCUCCAGUACCUCUCUCAAACGACUCUGGCAGCGCUGUGUCAGAAAAGUACCGCCUACUUGGUAGUUUGUACCAAUCAACGCCUAAGACAUUUGGAACAACAAACUUAAUACGCCACUUGGAAAAGAAGCACCCAGGCUUGUUUAGCAAAUAUAAGGAAUACACUGCCGCUUAGAGGAGGGAUGCAGCAGAGUCGCAGCGACCACAACAACCCCCCGCCGCGGCUCCUAUGUUCGACAUCAACACUGAAAAGUCCAAAGCCACCACUUGGAAAAUAAUGGAGUUCGUGGCACUGGAGGACCAGCCGUUUAGUGUAGUACAGGAUAAAGGCUUCGUAAAUCUGAUGAAACACCCUACUUGGUAAUUUGUACCGUGGACUCAGGUGUUUCACCAGAUUUACGAAGCCUUUAGAUUUUAUUUAUUGCACUACUGGGAAUAGUUUAUUUAUUUAUUUAUUUUUUAGCAAUUUAAGACAGCAUGCACUGCUGCACCCAGUGUGGCCCCUGUCCUGUACUAGGAUUCACUGCCAGCUAAACUCUUUAUGGCAUCACAUCCUCUGAGGAACAGGCAGAGGUGGUUCUGGACUAGAUUUAAUGCCAGAAAUUGUAUAAAUGAAAGAUAAACUACAGUCAGCAUUGAUCAACGGCUGAUAUGAAUUCAUGAACAAGAUCAGAUGAAUGAAUGAGAUUGCAGAUCCCGUGAAUACAGGCGUACGGCACAGACCGCAAACGCGUCUCAUAUAAAUUAACAAAUCACUCUUAACUUACUCUCUACAAUACCCUCUGUGCUUCAGUUAUUUCUGCCUCCUUCCCCCAACUAUGGGAGAAGUGCCCAACAAAAUCCUGCACAGCCGUAUUGCUCUGGACACUCUGUCAACUUUGAGUGCAUUUCCUGUGAUACAAAAUAAAACAAGAACAAUGAAAUUUAUAGAGGUUGAUGUGUGAUACGAGGUUAUCAACUUUGGAAUAAACACACGUUCACAUUCUCUCCCUCCAACUCUUACAUUCUUUCUCUCUCACACACACAAACAUGCACGCACACACACACACACACACACACACACACAAUCACGGACACUCAUAUACGUUAUGAUUCUGAUUUAUUUACCCACGGCAAGAUGUAACCAGUGCCUAAAACACUGGAGUCUGGACUUUUCAUUCAGCUAUGCUUCCAUCACUGUAUUAGAUGUGUUGUCCGUUGUUAUUCAGACAUAGUUUAAGAUUUAAGUGCUCGUCACGUAUGUGUUAGCCAUUCAGCUAUCUUACAUGGCUUUGUGAUGUUUUUUUAAGUGUUGAUAAAGUAGUGUUACCUCCUGAUGUAGCAACAGCGGCACGGCAGGUUCUGCACACGUUGCGCAAUAGCAACUUGUUUAGCCAAAAGAAAUCCACACAACUGCCUGCCGUGCUGCCCCUCUUUGGUACUAAACUCUCUGCAGUGUCAGCUUAUGUCGAGCAUUAGCCCAUAGUGCAACAGCGUGCACACAGCGGGAAUUCUCUCCAUGCCUUCUCUGCUCCGCUUGCUCACGUCACAUGACUAGAUCAUGUGACAAGUCAAUAUUGCAGCCUUUGCGUUUAGAAAAUCGCUUUUUAAAUAUAUCGCAAUGUAAUCACAAAUGCAAUUAAUCAUUCAGCCCCAGUGGUAGCUCAGUCUUCUUGACAGUUAUAAAAAAAAGAGGGAUUGGGUUUAUAACUAUGUGGUUUCAUUGAUGAAUUACAAUCCGCAAAGUCUUAGUCUGUGUAUAUCUUUUUUACUUUACCGAAGUGUCAAAGAUGGAUCAAUGGGUGUAGCCUACUUCGAAGACCCAGUCGCGCUUAAAAUGGUUGUGGUGGGCAGUGUCAUUGGUGCUUGCGGCCCCUCGUGGUAUGAAGCUGUAUAGCUAUGAAGGCACACAGACAAGUCUCCACACAUUCAAAUAGCUGCAUUCAUUUGUGGAUCUUCCAUGGCAGGAGUAUAGCAAAAGCCAUGUGUAAAAGAACAAUCUAGUGGCCUAAAAUUCACAGAUCACAUGAUCUACGCAUACAGAUAAAUGUACACAUUUGGAGAUUUCUUUUACACAUUUGAGGAUCUUGUUACAAACACACACAGUUUUUUUUUUUACACACUUGUGUAUCUGGUUACCAAGGGUGUCAGUUUGUUUCGAAAAGUGGGGGGGGGGGGGGGGGGGGGGGCUACUAGCUAAAUUGACUUUGGGUUUAUGACUAUAAUUGAUUUUACUUUUGAUAUGGCUACUACAAACUACGUACACUUAUUUCAUGUAACCAACUAGCGCCCCCUUGUAUAUAUUUAUUACACGGGAUAAUCAUAGGGUUAAACAAGCAAACAAGUUUUCUAACUCACCACAGGUAUUUUUAGAAGAAAAAGCACACUCUGGGUUGCAGCUUCAACUUGGCAUAGACGCAAAUUUACAACAGCUGCAUGUUUUUGUUAUCCUCGCAAAUAUCUACUGCGUCUCUCAGAAACUCUUGGACAAAUACGGAUGAUGCGUUCAGGAGCGUCUGAAAUUUUUGCACGACUGAAAAUAACUGGGGUUACAAUGGCUUACACAUGAAGGAUUUGUGUGUGGUGGAGACAAAACGAUCCCCCCACUCCUAAACUGAUGCCUAUGCUGGUUACACACAUGGAUCAAAAUACAUUUUUGCAAAUACUUUUGCUACAGUAAUGACCCCAUAGUGUAAUUUUCUGUGCUUUAGGGGAAUUUAUGAAAACCAUGGGUUAUUUAAUCCCUUUGAUCUUUAACAGCUGUUAAGAAUACUUUGAUUAAUGGGACACGCUUGCACACACACACACACACACACACACAAACACACACACACACACUUUCUCUCUCUCUCUCUCUCUCUCUCUCUCUCUCUCUCUAUCUCUCUCUAUCUCUCUCUAUCUACACUUACAGGCCAAAAGUUUGGAAGCAAGGCCAUUACAGGCAGAACAGUUGGGAGUAACUUCAAGUUUUUUGUUCACAAUGCUUUUUUUUAAAAUCCAGCAUGAGUUUUAUGUAUUUUGGGAUGUAUGUACUCCAUCAUUAGAUGUUGCUUUCAUGGAAAUGCACCAUUUUACUCCAUUUACCUUUAGAUAUACAUUGAUGUUAACAGACCAUUGAUAAAUAUAUGUCAGCAAAAGAUAAUAAGGGCUUAGUUUUAGGGUUGAAAACAUUUUCAAGAGUCACAACUUCAGUGCAAAAGCAAAAAAGCAAAUCUCAGUUGGAUUAUUCACUUCAACUUUUUGGCUUUUGAGAGUCUGCAUAUAAAAAUCCUAAUAAAUCUCCACUGCGUUCAAACUACCGCAAAAAUGGCUACAAAGAAGCAACUGAGUAAAGAAACAAAAGUACAUAUUUGUACACUGAGGAAAGAAGGAUUCCACUACACUCUGAAUAGACUAGAGGAACCUGGAAGUUAUGAAGAUAGAAAAAGACCUGGAGGAAAGAGAGUUACUGCAAAAGCUAAAAGGUACUAAACAUAGCAUUGUCACCAGUAAGAGAUAUCAGCAAAAGACAGAACCAAAAAUAAGGGAGGAAAUCAACAUGACAAGGUCGAAACCCAUAUCUCUGACAACCGUGAAAUGACCUUUGAGAAAGGCUGGUCUGAAGGGUUGUGUAUCUGCAAAAAAACACUACUUCGUCCACAGAACAAGAAAAAGAGAUAUGAGUGGGCAAAAGCUCACAAAAAUUGGACUUAUGAUGACUAGAAACAAGUUUGCACUGUUUGGUUCAAAAUGCAGAGUCUAUGUCCGCAGACAAACUGGUGAAUGUCUGAAAGCACCAUAUGUUACACCCACAAUUCAGCAUGGAGGUGGUAGUUCCAUGGUAUGAGGAUGUUUUGCAGGUGAUGGGAGAUUUGUUUGAAGUAAAGGGUAUCAUGAAAAAGGAACAGUACCACUCCAUCCUCCAGCACCAUGCUGUUCCAUCUGGACUCAGACUUGUAGCUCAUAAGUUUGUUUUGCAGCAAGAAAAUGACCCUUAGCACUCUGCCAAGCUCUGUCAGGGUUACCUAGACAAAAAAGAAGAGGAAGGUGGUUUGGCCCCCUCAGUCUCCAGACCUUUCUCCAAUUGAGCUUGCGCGGGAUGAAUUUGAUCGAUCGGUCAGAAAAACGUGGCCCACAAAUCAACAGUCUCUUUUUAAUGAACUUAAGAAAGCUUGGAAUGCAAUCCCUGGAACAUACCUUAGAAAACUUUUGGAAUGAAUGCCUGGUAUAUGCCAGAGUUGCUAAAGCCAGAGGAGGUUACUUUAAAAAAAGCAAAGUCUAAGCAACAAUAACUCAAAUACUUCAUAAUUAUAGUCAAAAUGUCUUCUGAUAAGUUACUCUUUACACAAUAGUCAUGUUUAUUGUGUUUCAAAUUACAUAUAUGAAACUAUGAUCUUUUUUGUACAAAUCUGAUCUUGCUUCCAAACGUUUGGCCUGUAGUCUGUCUGUCUGUCUGUCUGUCUAUCUAUCCUAAUCUAAUACCAUGUGUGUGCUGACUCUCUUUUUGUCAAUGCCAGUCUCUGUCUAUGACACCUACAAGCACACACUCUGACCAUGUGUCUGCAUGACAGUCUUUCUGUCUAUGAAAUCAUAACCCACAUUUCUAUUGGCUGUGUUCUUAUAGUUCAGGUCUUUAAAAGUUUCAACUUCUAAAUUUUUCAACUCUUUCAAAAUUAGCACUACUUAUUCUUAACUUUCAACUCUUCAACAAUUUCUACACUCAUUAAACUUACUAUUUUAUCACACCUCUUCACCAGUUUUUCCAUUCAUACUUUUCUCAUUUUCUAGCAGUUCUACAUGGCUUUUUUAGCUUUCAGCACUCGGAAUUUCCACACAUUUUCUGUAAGGAAAUGCAGUUUUCCUAAUUACAGUUUUUGUGUUACUCACCUCAGACUAAAUCUUUUCCUGUUUACAGGUUCGGAAGGUGACAGCCCAGGUCAGCCAGAAUGUCAAAGCCAGCCAGGAGACUCUAGAGCCAGGUACCACCUCCAUCCUGUACUCGAUCACCCUGCCGAAGAAACAGGAGACUGAAGACUUGGAGCCAGAGGACAAACAUGAAGAUACAGUUGAAGAGAAGGAUGAGACAGGCAGAGGGGAGAGGGGCACCACUCACAAAGGUAACCAAUGUAUUAAUGAAGCAACCAGCUCCCCUGCUGGGAGGAAGGUAGAGAGUCUGAAUCCAACCAAGGCGCUCGUGUAUUGAACCUGUCCCUCAAUUAGUCUUUCUUGAAGGAGGUGGCAGUAGUUAUUUUUGAAAAAUCUGUGGUUUUGCUAUCGACAUAUUCACAUUCCUCACCCUCAAUGGUCUCAAACCGAGUAGAACGUGUGAUUUCAUGUGAGCCAGCGCGGGAAUGUUGCUGCUUGACACCAAGUACAAAAAAAACAAACACUGAAAAAUACAGCAGGUUGUUCGAGUAGCCGAACGACUUAAUCAGUGUUGUAUCAUCUCCUCCUGUACUGGCUUGGGUGAAGCGAAUAUUUACAGACAUGUAGCGCUUACGCACUACAGCUUUAAGUCAGUGUUAAAUCAAUCUAAAAUAAAUAUUUAAUAAAUUUUUUAAUCAAUCUUUAAUCCAUUUUAGAUAAUCUUACAUACAUCUUGAAUCAAUUUAAAUCUAUCUUCAUUGUUGGAAAGUUUCAACACUUUACAUUACGAUGUGGUUUUCUGCUGUUGAUGGUCCCUUUAUAGUAACAGGUUGUUGUAUUCUUAACAGCAUGGUCAGUGCUCUGUCUAUCAAAAAUGAUUAAAUUUAAUUAGUUAAAAUUAAUGUCAGGUAUUGAAAAAUAAACAUUGUAAGUGCUUGCUGUGAUCUACAUUGAAAGAAUGCCAAAUUACAUCAACAUUGAUUUAACUAUUUAUACGCAUUGCAUGAUACAUUAAAACUAUGUUAUUAUUAAAGAAGAAUAAGAAUAAUUUUAUUGAUCCCCGAAGGGAAAUUAAAUUGUCUGUUUUCUCACGUAAUAUGUCUAUAAAAGUUAUCUACUAUUUACAGAAGAGUUGUACAGUCUGAUGGCUGUGGGUACAAAAGGUCUUCUGAAUCUUUCUGUCCUGCAGCAGAGAGAGAGGAGCCAUCCAACACCAUUGGCCCUUUGCUCCAUCAAGGUGUUGUGAAGUGGAUGAUCCAUGUUCUUGAAAAUAGUCUCCACCUUCCUCAGUGUAGAGCUCUCAACCACAUCCUCUACUGAGUCCAGCUUGAAUCUAACCACAGAGCCAGCCUUUUUCACCAGUUUGUUCAGAUGUCUUGUGUCUUUGAUGCUUCCUCCCCAGCAGACUGCAGCGUAGAACAAAACACUUGCCACCAUAGACUGAUAAAACAUCUGCAGCAUCUUGCUACAGAUGUCUAUUGAUAGGAGUUGUCUCAGGCAAAAGAUGCAACUCUGCCCCUUUUUGUAGAUGAAGUCUACAUUCUUGGACCAGUCCAACUUAUUAUCCAGAUGUACACCUAGGUAUUUAUAUGAUGUCACCACUUCGAUGUCCACUCCACAGGUGUUCACUGGCUGAAGAGGGGAUUUGGAUCUGCAGAAGUCAAUGACCAUCUCCUUUGUCUUUGAGGUGUUGAGGAGGAGGCAGUUUCAGUCGCUGAAGGCUCUUAUCAGAUCUCUGUAUUCAGCGUCUUGUCCAUUUCUGAUACAUGCCACAAUAGCGGUGUCAACUGAGUAUUUCUGGAUGUGGCAGGACUCAGUGCUGUAUUUGAAGUCUGACGUAUACAGUGUGAACAGGAAUGGCUCCACUGUCCCUUGUGGAGCCCCUGUACUGUUCAUUAAUGUCCCAGAAACACAGUUCCCCAGCCUGAAAAACUGUGGCCUUCCGGUCAGGUAAUCUGUGAUCCAGGAAACACAGGAAGGAUCCACUCCCAUCUCUGUGAGCUUGUCUUUGAGUAUGGUGGGUUGGAUGGUGUUGAAUGCACUUGAAAAGUCGAAGAACAUGAUCCUCACAUAAACCCCAGGUUCCUCCAGAUGCGACAGGGCACGGUGCAGCAUGUAGAGGACAGCAUCAUCCACUCCAAUGUGUUCUUUGUAUGCAAACUGCAGUGAGUCCAGUUUGUCUUUGACCUCAGACCUCAAAAGGCGUAGAAUCAGCCGCUCCAGGGUUUUCAUGAUGUGUGAAAUGAGGGCCACUGGUCUGAAGUCAUUGAAUUCAGCAGGACAUUCUGUUUUUGGUACUGGCACAAUGCAGGAUGUUUUCCACAGAGCAGGUACUAGCCCCAGCUGUAGACUCAGGUUGAAGAUCUGGUGGAGAGGUUGACACAGUUCUGCAGCACAGUCUCUAAGCAGCCUUGGACACACACCAUCUGGACGAGCUACCUUCCCAGGACAAAGUCUUCCAAACUCCAUCCUCACCCCUGUUUCGGUGACAGACAAGGACUGGUGUUCUAGGAGGGAGGCAGUUGAAGUGGUUGAGACAUUUGAACGAGAUGGAGGAGGAAGGGGAGAAGUUGUAGUGGAGAUUUGUUACAGAGAAGAAGGUGGAGUAGCAGUGGAAGUGGGAGUGACAGCAGUGUCAAAUCUGUUGAAGAACAGGUUCUUCACAAAGAACAGGUUCCUCACACGAGAGCCUCGUGUGAGAUAGUUUGUUUACAAUGUAUGAGGCAGAUAUCAUAUGAUUGAUUGCUGAAUACAGUCCUUUGUAUCUAGAGUUAUAUUAUAUACAUGUGUUGUGUAUGGUGUGAGCUGUACUGAUUGUUGCUUUGUAUCUUUAUCUGCCGAACCACAGUCAAAUAAAUCCACCACUAUACUGGACAUCUGUAUCCGUUUCUUUUAACGGGGACACACAUCAUACACCUUGCCGCUCUAAACCCAGCUAAAUCCCGGAGAACUCACUUUUCUCCUUUUUAAUGAGAAUUAAAGUGUUUUACAUGAAUUUUUGACUGAAAAUCACGCCAAUGUCAUUCUGUUUUUGAGAUCUACAGAAAAAAUUAUCAUAAAAUGUGAAUGUUGCUCUCCUCUACUUUAUACUGCAGCCCUAGCUUUAGAGAGUUUAUUGUUGCAGUUUAUUUUUAAGUUAUGACUGUAAUAACUGAAAUAACUGAAGUAACUGGACUGUUAAAAUAACUGUACUAGGCCCGCACGAUAUAUCGUUUGAGCAUCGUCAUCGCGAUGUACGUGUGUGCAAUAGUCACAUCGCAGAGCCUGCGAUGUCGGAGGUGAAUGAACUCAGUUAAUUUCAAGGGUAACUGACUGAGAUACACUGCAUGUGACUCUGCAUGUGCUGUGCAGCGAUCCACCAAUCACCUUCGUCCUUUACUCAGUUGCCAAUCAGACUCAGUUCUCAGUUGCCAGUCAGACUACUCUGCCAGCUGUCAAUCAAAAUCAGAGAGGAGAAAACCCACCCAUGCACAUGGAGUUAGUCGCUGGCUGCUGGUGUUGAGCCGAGAAACGCAUGUCCGCUGAGAAUUACUAAGCCCAACAAAUAAGAACUGUAUGGGUUUUGAAAUGUAUAUUUCCGUGGACCACUCUACUAUAAGCGGUGCGCGUUUUGGAGGUGCAUGCAAUUCUCGGAGGACAUGCGUUUCUCGGCACAACACCGCUAACAACAACUACAACGAUUGCAAAAUGAGCAACGAACAAGAGAAAACCACCGAAAAUUAAGAUUUGUUGCCAAAAAGAAAAGGAAAGUCAGUUAUCUGUAAUUAUUUCGGUUAAAAGAAGGAUGAUGUUGACCAAAACACGUGUUCUGUGUUCAUCUGUCGCCACAAUAACGUCUCAGCACAAUAAAAGCUAAAAAUAUCUCUGAGACAGACAGAAGCCAUUCUACUAACAUUCACAAAAAGAGGUAAGAUCAGAGCAGGUUACCUGUCCUCAAGACCUCAGCGGUGCAGCAUAACAUUAAAUGCCAUUCAGGUCAUCUGGUGAAGAUUCCUAUAUUUUUAAUAUCGCAAUAUAUAUCGCAGGGUUGAAAAAAAUCGCAAUGUUAGUUUUUUCCAAUAUCGUGCAGCCUUAAACUGUACCAAACCUUACCAAUUCUGUUCCUUCUGAAGCCCUCGAUCAUUUCCUUUGUUUUACUGGUGUUCAGUGCCAGCUUAUUGUUAGAGCACAAGGUGAUCAGCCUCUGGACCUCCUCCCUGUAGGCUGCCUUGUUUCCCUCUGAGAUCAGUCAGACCACGAGUGGUGACACUGGUGAUGUCAUCAACAAACUUGAAGAUUAUGUAGUUACCGUGGGCUGCACUGCAGUUGUAGAUGUACAGACAGUACAGGAGGGGGCUCAGCAUGCAGCCCUGUGGUAAACCGGUGCUCAAAGUGCGGUUGGAGGAAAGAUGGGGGGCGAGUCUCACACGUCUGUCGAUCAGAAAGUCCUUAAUCCAAGCGGGGGGGCAGUCCUUGAUGUGCUGGAGAGCCAGUCUCUCGAAGCACUUCAUAAUGACGAGUGCGGGAGCCAUAGGGCAGUAGUUUCUAAGGCUGGAUAUGAGUGUUGUCUUUGGUAUGGGGGAUGAUUGUGGCCGACUUCAGGCAGGUAGGGAUGACUGCUUGGGCCAGGGACAGGUUGAAGAUCCUGCAGAAGAUGUUGGGCAGCUGGUGGGCGCAUGCUCUGAGCACCUCCCUAGGUACUCCGUCAGGGGCGGGGGCCUUCCUUGGGUUUACUGCCAGAUGCACACGCCUCACAUCGUCCUCUCCUACAGUGAGUGGAGGGGGUGUUGGGGCCAGUUGGGGGAGGGGGAGGGGGCGGGGCGGGGGCAGGGCUGGAGCAGACGAGGAGUGUCGCUGCUGUGGUGUUUCAAAAUGGGAGAAUAAGCUGUUGAGCUCCUCUGCCAGUUACAUACUCCUAACCUCACAUCACAUUAUCUGAAGUUAAUGUCCUAGUUGAUGUCCUGUAGAUCCUGCCACACCUUCUGUGGUCUGUUGCUGGCAAGGUGGGACUCUAUCCUCCUCUUGUAGUCCACUUUGGCUUCUUUAAUUCCGCUCUCCAGGUCGGUUCGUUCCACGCUGUAAAGAGCUCUGUCACCUGACCUAAAAGCAGCAUUGCUGGCUUUGAGGAGUGAAUGGGCCUGGCUGGUCAUCCAAGGUUUCUUGGCAGAGGUGGCUUGUGUGGGUUGUUUCUUAGCCGUAGCAGCAGACUGGACCUGUGGCCCCUCUUUUGCUUACUUUCCCUCUGCUGCCUGCGUCUCUUCCUUGACCCCACAACAAUCCACAGGGAACCCGGUGGUCUUGCCAGCAUGUCUUGGAUGUUUUGGUCAUGGUGAAAGUCACCCAAAACGGCUUUUAUGUGUUGGAAGCCGAUGUCCAGUAGGUCCUAGUGUGUGUACCAGUUGUUCGCUGAAGCGAACGCGAGCAGAGUCCAUAAACAAACAAAGAAAAAAUACAAAAAACAGACCUGAAAGGGAGAGCUGUGAGCCCCUGCUUCAGUGCAUGCUGCCAUCUUGGAUUUCUUUGUGCAUGUGCUGGAGAAAAGGAGACAACAGGCAAAGAGCCAGUGGUUAUUAAGUGGACCCCCUGAAUGGGAGAGUUAGGACCCCACUACCAGGUCUUAUAGAGUGUAAUGACAUUCUUAAUAACAGCUAUUCAUUAUCCACACCUGAGGUCAGUGGCGCAUCUCAUCUCAGAAAUUUACUCACAAGUCCAAAUAAUGCUCCUCUUAGGCAGAGAUAUUAUUAGAGUUUAUAAAGUCUGCAAGCAAAUCAGAGUUUAUAAAGUCUAGCAUACAAGAAGCUAGAUCGAGAGUGGGUCAUUGUAGGCAAUGUAUGUCUCGGAAGUAAUCACACACCACCAACCAUCAGCACCUUCUACACAAACACCUUGAAGCAAAAAUGCUGCAGUCUCUUUGAUCCAUGUCCUCCGAAUAUAUUUCAUGUCAAAGAUAGGUACAGUGGCUUGCAGGUCAUUAAACACCCUCCAACAUCAGUUAAAAAGAAAACCCCCUGUGAUGCAGAUCAUCUGGGGUGCACAGGGUUUAAACGUAGCAGAGGUGACAAUCAAGUGGCCCCUUCAAUUCAGGACGCUUCUUUCAUGAAAAUAAUGGAUGAAGGACUAAAGAAAGAUCCAGAUGGUAGUUGGGUAGCACCAUUACCUUUCAGAUUCCCCAGAACAGAAGCAAUUGCCUUCACAGCAGACAUACAGUACAGGCCAAAAGUUAGAAUAGAAUAUGAUAUUCCUUUAUUGAUCCCCCAUGGGGGAAUUUUUUUUUGUCACAGCAGCAUCACAGACAAAGUGCAAAAAUACAGUUAUAAAACUAAAGAUCAUAUAUCAAAAACUUAAAUAAAUGUUCUAAUUAAGAAAAAAUUUAGAAAAGGAAAAAGGGAAAAUAAAAAUAAAACUAUAUACAAUAUACACAAUUUAAGUACCAGAAAAAAGUGGUGGUGUGGGUCCAGUUUUAUUGCAGUUCAUGUAAAGUCUUAUUGUGGAAGGGAGGAAUGACCUGCGGUAGCGCUCCGUCUUGCAAGGUGGGAGUCUAAAUCUGCUGCUGAAGGAGCUGUUUAAAGCCCCCACAAUCUGGUGGAGUGGGAGAUAGGGAUUGUCCAUGAUGGAUACAAGCUUUGCUAACAUCCUCCUCUCACCCACCUCCUCCAGGGAGUCCAGUGAGAAGUCCAGGACAGAACUGGCCCUCCUGACCAGUCUGUUCAGUCUCUUCCUGUCCCUCUUGGUGCUCCCUGCCCCCCAGCAGACCACUGCAUUGAAAAGUGCAGAUGCUACCACAGAGUCAUAGAAAGUCCUGAGCAGAGUCCUGCACACUCCAAAGGACCUCAGUCUCCUCAGCAGGUGGAGACGACUUUGGCCCUUUUUGUACAGGACGUCUGUGUUUGUUGACCAGUCCAGUUUAUUGUUGAGGUGGACACCCAGGAAUCUGUAGGACUCCACCAUCUCAAUGUCCAGACCCUGGAUGUUCACUGGAAUAGUCUGAGGUGUCCUCCUCCUGUGGAAAUCCACGACCAUCUCCUUUGUCUUACUGGCGUUUAGCUGGAGGUGGUUUGUGCCACACCAGUUGAGAAAGUCAGUGAUGACAGUCCUGUAUUCCUGCUCAUCCCCUGACGAUACACAUCGGACGAUGGCUGUGUCAUCAGAGAACUCCUGGAGGUGACAGCUCCCAGAUUUGUCCGAGGUGUACAGGGUGAAGAGGAAGGGGGAGAGCACUGUCCCCUGUGGAGCCCCCUUGAAGUUUGGGCACACAUCCUCAUUUAAUGCAUUUUCUUUAUUGUCAUUACUAUUUAAAUUGUAGAUUCUCACUGAGGGCAUCAAAACUAUGAAUGAACACAUGUAGAAUCGUGUCUAAGAAAAAAGUGUAAAAUUACUGAAAACAUGAAUGAUAUUUUAGAUUCCUCAAAGUAGCCACCCUUUGCUUUUAUGAUAACGCUGCAAACUUUUGCUGUUUUCUCAAUGAGCUUCAUGAGAUAGUCACCUGAAAUGUUUUUUACUAAACAGGUGUGCCUUGUCAGGGUUUUCUGUUACACACAGAAAAAGGGGUUUGAGACCCCCUUUUGCAAAUAAAUCGCUGGUAGCAUGUCAUGUGAAACCCAGCGUCAGCAGGAACAUUGUCAUCCACUGAUUACUAAAAAUCGACUGGAUGACAUGAGUAGAUAUAUUUUUUUCAGUACUUACUAUCAAUAGAGCUUUUUAAUGAAUCACAGUUUGUAUUGCACCACUAAAGUGGAACGAACCAACACGAUCUCAUUCACCCAAUACAGCCUAAUCGUAGGGUAAGCUAAUGUGUAUUCAUGCCACUUCCUGAACGCAGGGUGAUGGGGUGGGGAAGGAGGGGGAGGCCUGUCACUCAUGGCAGACCGCGCCCCUCUCAGUCGAGGCCCGCCCCCACGGAAAAACAGGGUCAAAAGUGAACCUGAAACUUUUCAAGUUGAAUCCGAAAAAAGAUCUGAAUCUGAAAAAAAAAAAUCUGAAACCGAAAAAAAAGUUUUGAAUCCGUAAAAAUAAGGUCUGAAUCUGAAAUAAAUAAAUAAAAUUCAAUCGGAAAAAAAAAAGUACUCCAAGAUCGAAAUAUACUUUGAAGUGAAAAAUAGAAAUAAGUAAUUUAUUCAAAAGUAUUAAAAAAACAGAAUCAAAGUUACAUUUGAACUGAUUUUUUUCAUGCAUUCUGGGAUUUUUCAAAGUUCAAUUUCGAAAUUCAAGACUUUCAGGUACCAUUUUAUUUUUUUUAGGUUCAAAUCUUAUUUUUUCACUUCACUUUUUAUUUUUUCACUUACACUACUUUUCAAUACUUUUGAGCCUGAUCUGGCUCCAUACACUUUCCCUCAGUGCAGUCGGUGCUGAAAGACAAUGCUUCUGCAUCUGAGACAUUUGACAAAGUUGUAGGAAAGUACUGUGAAGCCAUCAACAGAAUUGGCCAAGAGUUUGAGAAUAGGUUUUGUGAUCUUGAACAAAUCGAGCCAUGUGUGUCAUUCAUUUCCAACCCCUUCAUAAACGUGGACACAACAAUCCUUGCUGAGCAACUAAGUGCAACGUUCACCUUAGAUGCUGGACAGGUGGAGAUUGAGAUCACAACAUUGCAAAAUGACCUCCACCUCAAAGCCUAUCAGGCUGCACCAAACUUUUGGUGCCUUGUUGACACACAGAAGUACAGUGGUGUUUGCACAGCAGCUAUGAAGGUGGCCAGUCUGUUUGGUUCAACCUAUCUCUGUGAAUCAGCGUUCUCUGAUAUGAACUUCAUUAAGAACAAACACAGAACACGCCUCACUGAUGCACAUCUGAAAGAUGCACUCACAGUUGCAGUGUCAAGUUACACACCAGAUUACAAUGCACUGGUGAACAGCAUGCAAUGUCAGUCUUCCCACUAACUACAAAGUUGAAUUAAAAUGGUGAAGAACUGUGUUAAAUUUAAAACUGUGUUCAUGUGUUCAAUAAUUAUAUUGUUAAAAAUGUUGAAGAUUUGGCCAUGAGUUCAAAAUGUGACAAGAUUUAUUUUAAAUAUGUAAGUUGAUUUUUCUUUAACAUUAGAUAAUUGAUAACUUUUUGAAACAUGGUGCAGCAUAGUUCAUGAUAUGUUAAAAGGGUUUGUCGGUGGCUAGUGAAAAUGAGUGAAAGUGAAAAUUCCUAUGUAAAUGUAGUGAUGUACUUUAAGUGAUCAUCUGAAAAUUUAACAGUUGCUGAGAUAAAUAGAGAUAAAGUGGUGGAUAUUGAUAUGUUUCCCAUUUUGCUGUCAUUGUUGUGCUAAAAUUCAUUAACGUGAUCAGUGUCUUCACAUAGAUAAGUACCAUUAAUGAUUAUUAAUAAAGUAUGACUAAAAGCAUAUUGAGGAAAUGUAUUAUUUCAGAAGAGUGUAUCAAACUGGUAGCCCUUCGUGUGACUCAGCACCCAUGAAGUAGCUCUUCGUUUCAAAAAGGUUGGUGACCCCUGCUCUAUAUCAUUCAAAUGAUGGGCUUGAACCGAGAGGUUGCUGCAAGUCUGGUCUCUCAGUAUUAUCUGUAAUUUUUGUAGUUUUUGGUAGAUUUUUUUCAUAUUUUGGUUGUCUUUAUGUUGGCUGUUGAUGGAUACUUCUGCUUGGGAAGAGUUUACUCAAGAGAAGAGCUCCUGUCAUUGAGAAAAAGCAAAUCUAUGAAAACAACAUAAAAUUCCAGAGGACAUCAGGAGGUGUUAUCGUGGUUGCCAUGCUGGUGCAAAGGUGAAGGCAAAGCUGAAUGCCAGGAGAUUGCGAUAUAAACCCUUUCUUCCAUCAAUCAUCAUAGGAAACGUAAACUCUCUGCCCAACAAAAGCGAUGAGAUGGAGAUAUUGGUGGAGACUGAGAAAGCAUACCAUAACUGCAGUCUCCUGUGUUUUAUUGAAACCUGGUUGAAUCAAAACAACUCGGACUCCAGUGUGGAUCUACCUGGCUUCACUCUCAUAAGGUCAGACAGAGAUGCUCGAGCUAGUGGCAAGAAGAAAGGAAGAGGUCUUUAUUUGUCAACCAGAGAUGGUUUAACCCUUUACACGUAACUGUCAAGGAGAAGUUGUGUUGUCCGGAUAUUUAAAUGUUGGCAGUUGCUCUUCGGCCAUAUUACGCUCCAAGAGAAUUCAGUCAUAUCAUAACAGUAGUUGUUUACAUCCCACCCAAAUCGACUGAAGAAAUUCCAUGCGAUCUUUUCCAUAAUAGUGUUGCCAGGCUACAGACUGAACACCUGGAGGCACUAAUAAUAAUAAUAACAUCAGGAGACUUCAACCAUGUCAUCCUCCCCUCUCACCUGACUGGAUUCACACAAUUUGUGAACUGUCCUACCACAGAAAACAAAACCCUGGAUCUGCUGUAUGCAAACGUCAAAGAAGCCUACAGAGCCACUGCCUUACCACCACUGGUAAGGCAGAUCAUAACUUGGUCUAUCUGCAAACCUGUUACAGACCUUGUGGACUAAGGCAGCCUGUGACCAAAGUCAAAAUCAGAAGAUGGACGCCUCAAGCCAGUGAAGCUCUAUGGGACUGUUUUAAAUCAACAGACUGGAAUGUGCUACUGGAAACAGAUGUGGAUGGUAUGAACAUUGACAGACAGGUUGACUGCUUUACAGAAUACAUCAACUUCUGUAGAGACACAGUUAUACCGGCAAAGAGUGUUCGCUGUUUCCCCAACAACAAACCUUGGAUCAAUAGUGACAUAAAAGCAAUCCUUUAACAGAAAAAGAAAGCUUUUAAAGAUGGUGACAAAGAACGACUCAAACAAGUGCAACAAGAGUUGAAAAGUAGACUGAAGAUGACAAAGCUGUAAUACAAAAAGAAGAUAGAGAGGAAUUUACAACACAGCAACAUCCAUGAAGUAUGGAGAGGAAUCAUUACCAUCUCUGGACACAGCAAUAAAAAGUAAAGACAGUCAGUGGCGGAUGAUCUGGAAAGAGCUGAUGAACUCAAUCUGUUCCUCACUUCCACUGCUGCUCCACCUUCCUCUCUGCAACAAAUCUCCACUACAACUUCUCUCGUUCCUCCUCCAUCUUGUUCAAAUGUCUCAACCACUUCAACUACCUCCCACCUUGAACACCUGUCUUUGUCUGUCACAGAAACAGGGGUGAGGACAACAGCUGGUCCAGAUGGUGUGUGUCCAAGGCUGCUUAGAGACUGUGCUGCAAAAUUGUGUCAACUUCUCCACAGGAUCCUCAACCUGAGUCUACAGCUGGGGUAAGUACCCGUUCUGUGGAAACCAUACUGCAUUGUUCCAGUACCAAAAACAAAAUGUCCUGCUGAAUUCAAUGACUUCAGACCAGUGGCCCUCACUUCACAUAUCAUGAAAACCCUGGAGCUGCUGAUUCUACGCCUUCUGAGGUUUGAGAUCAAAGACAAACUGGAUUCCCUGCAGUUUGCAUACAAAGAACACAUUGAAGUGGAUGAUGCUGUCCUCUACAUGCUGCACCUUGCCCUGUCUCAUCUGGAGGAACCUGGGGUUCAUGUGAGGAUCAUGUUCUUCAACUUUUCAAGUGCAUUCAACACCAUCAAACCCGCCAUACUCAAAGACAAGCUCACAGAGAUGGGAGUGGAUCCUUCCUGUGUUUCCUGGAUCGCAGAUUACCUGACAGGAAGGCCUCAGUUUUUCAGGCUGGGGAACUUUGUUUCUGGGAUAUUAAUGAGCAGUACAGGGGCUCCACAAGGGACAGUGCUGGCGUCAUUCCUGUUCACACUGUAUACGUCAGACUUCAAAUUCAGCACUGAGUCCUGCCACAUCCAGAAAUACUCAGAUGACACCGCUAUUGUGGCAUGUAUCAGAAAUGGACAAGACGCUGAAUACAGAGAUCUGAUAAGAGCCUUCAGCGACUGGAACUGCCUCCUCCUUAACACCUUAAAGAUAAAGGAGAUGGUCAUAGACUUCUGCAGAUCCAAACACCCUCUUCAGCCAAAGUGAACACUUGUGGAGUGGACAUCGAAGUGGUGACAUCAUAUAAAUACCUAGGUGUACAUCUGGAUAAUAAAUUGCACUGGUCCAAGAAUGUAGACUGCAUCUACAAAAAGGGGCAGAGUUGCAUCUUUUGCCUGAGAUGACUCCGAUCAAUAGACAUCUGUAGCAAGAUGCUGCAGAUGUUUUAUCAGUCUAUGGUAGCAAGUGUUUUGUUCUACGCUGAAGUCUGCAGGGGAGGAAGCAUCAAACACAAAGACACAAGACAUCUGAACAAACUGGUGAAAAAGGCUGGGUCUGUGGUUGGAUUCAAGCUGGACUCAGUGGAGGAUGUGGUGGAGCACUCUACACUGUGGAAGGUGGAGACUAUUUUCAAGAACAUGGAUCAUCCACUUCUCAACACCUUGAUGGAGCAAAGGGCCAAUGGUGUUGGAUGGCUCCUCUCUCUCUGCUGCAGGACAGAAAGAUUCAGAAGGCCUUUUGUACCCACAGCCAUCAGACUGUACAACUCUUCUGUAAAUAGUAGAUGACUUUUAGUUAAGACAUGACAAAUGAGACAACAGACAAUUGAAUUUCCCUUUGGGGAUGAAUAAAGUUCUUCUUAUUCUUAUUCUAUAAUCCUCUAGGAUUGGUACUCUUGUUUUAAUCCAAGGCAAAGUUAUCCGAAGAGAACUGAGGAUUGGGAUGCACCACUACCGCGUGAGAUGGAAGAAAACUUGAUGUCAGGGAAACUUCUUAAACAGAACUGUCCAGUCGUACUAACCCCAGGCCUUGCACCGAAACAUCAUCUUCAGAUGCUGUCAGAAGAGGAUUACGUGUUUUUUCUGGUGCUUCAACCAAAGCCAUUGCAGCAGUAGCAUAUCUGAAAGUGAUGGAUGCUGCUGGGAACAAUAUUGUGGGAUUCGUAAUGGGAAAAGCAAAACUGGUACCAUGUCCAGAGCACAUAAUUCCUAGAUUAAAACUGUGCUUGCUAUAGAGUUAGCAAACCUGAUCUCAAAAGGAUUACACCUAAAGCUAGAUGCAGUGACCUACUACUCCAACAGCAAGGUAGGGGUAUGUUCAUAAUGAGACCGGGGGCUUUUAUGUUCAUGUCAGCAACAGCAAAUACCUGACCUAACUGGAGACAAGACAAUCUGAAAACAGCUAUGAUCUGGUCAAUCCAAGUUCAAACCCAGAGGACGUACUCACCAUUUAAGCCUUGAUUCAAGUGAAAAGAGUCCUUUGAUAGUACCAGGCAAGCUACACUGCUCCUCAGACACUAUCACGAGCAGACUCAACAUCAAGGAUGUUUGUUGACAGAAGGAGCUGUUUGCUCAGCUGGCUCUUGGAUAGUUGGUGGGAAAAGAAAAGUGAGCAGUAACAUCUACCAAUGUGUCACCUGUAGACAGCUAAGAGCACCAACUAGCAUCCAAAAGAUGGCCAGUCUUACCAGCCAACCAUCUCUCAACAGACCCUUCUUUCACAAAUGUGGGUUUGGACAUGUUUAGCCCAUGGGUUGUCUCUUCACAGCGUGCAAGAGGAGGUCUUUCACACAACAAAUAGUGGGCUGUGAUCUUUACAUGUAUAAGUGUGAGAGCAGUUCACAUUUAAGUCAUUGAAUCUUUCAACACCUCAAGAUUUAUCAAUUCACACAAGAUGUUUUCUUGCUGUGUGCGGUCCAGUGAAGCACAUCCGCACAAACCGAGUGACGAACUUCAUCGGUGCCUGCAAAGACUUGAACAUUCCUUCAAACAUUGACAACACAAAAGUUAAGACUUGCCUGUCUUACCAAGGUUGUUUGUGGACUUCUAAUCCACCACACGCAUCCCAUUUUGGUGGAAUAUGGGAAAGGAUACUUACCCUUGCAAGGAGAAUUCUGAAUUCUCUGUUCCUACAGCUCAAAGACAAACUCACUUAUGAAUUGCUUGUGACAUUCAUGUGAGAAGUAACAGCCAUUAUCAACUGUAGACCCCUUGUUCCUGUGACAACAGAAACAGUGGAAUUUUCUAUAUCACAAAUCCAAGCUGAGCCCCCAGCAUCCUGCUCUACAGGCCAGACCAGAGGCCAGAGAGGUGGAGAGGAUGAUUGCUAAACAAGUGUGUGCAGUAGCAGAUUGCAAUGCUCGUAAGAAAGCUAAUCAUGAUAUUAGCUUUAAUCAUUUCCACUAAAGACAUUGUUGUCCAAGAGCUGAAUAACUUCUAUAUAACCUGCCUGUUCUGCUGCACCAGCAAUGUUAGGCUACAACUUCGAGUGAGCAGGAGGAUGCAGAGCAGCGCUGUUUCUGCAGAAGGACUCAGAGAUGAAUUGCUUAUGAGCUACUGGAGCUCUGCAGAAGAAAAGCCCUUGAACGUGACUCAGGUUUUGUGAUUUGGGCCAAAAACUUCAUCUCAAUUUAAAGACCCCUGAGAACUCUUUUAAUACUGAAAAAAAAAAGAUCAGAUCGGGACUUUAACCUUUGAUAGCAUUUUGGCUAUGUAUCAUUAGUUUAAUUAUAUUCUUUAUCCUCAGAUGUGUACUUGCAGGAGAAAUGUUUCAUUUAAUGAGUUUGAUUUGACAUUUGUUUGCAAUGCCUUCUGUUCAGUUGCUUACCAUUCUUUAGUUUUCAGGAGUACACAGCGAUAAAGAUUAAAAAAAAUACUUUUGUUCAUGUAAGAAAAAAAAUAAAAAACAGAUGUAAUUCUUACAAUUUUGUAUAUUAUACUGUGCUUGUUUAUAUGUUAAAGGAUUCAUACAACUGAUUUGUGCUUUCUGUAUGUUUAAGUUUCACACUUUUAGACCUCAAUAAACCUGUGGACAAGCGGAAAAGGUCUUAAGAGUUUUGAAGUUGGGAAAGAGUUAAGCUGUCUGUCAAGAUAUAUAUUCCACACAUAUAUUGAGGACAGAACACCUAGAAAAACUUUGUCACUGAGGAAGAGUGGACUGGCAGACCUUUUCUGCAUACACACCGCAGCCAAAAAUGCUCUCAGGGAUGAGUGUUCAUGUUCUCCUUUUUCUUAUCUGACAACUUGGUAUAAAGUUCACUUUGUUUCUCUGACUGGCUGUGUGUGGAGAGGUACUCUGUUUUUAGCAAAUGUAGCAAAUUAGAUGGAACCUUAAACGUUUAUUUCUUGUCUUGUCCAGCAGCACUUGAUUACACUGUUUCUGAAGCAGUAAGGACAAGCACUGGAGCCUUAGCGGAGCCUGUUGGAGGGGGACUGAGUCAGCACAGUCUUAGGGAGGUGGAGGGUUUGGUACAGCAGCUUUCUGGCCUCACCCUGUCUGGCAGCCAAGAGGACCAGAGGCAAAGAGACUCUCUGAUCCACCACAUCAAGGUAAAGACAGUUUGACCCGACCACUCUCAUUUUACAUUGUUUCCAAUACAAUUCGAAACAUAGAUCGUGGCACAUUUUGUUUCCACUGCAGUCAAAAAGGUUUCUGUAACAGCUGUUACAGCCCUCUUCACACAUGAUCAAAAAUCCUGCAGCUCCUGACUUUGUAUGUAUCAAAGCGAACAGCAUAGUCUUUCACCCUGAAGGUCCUUACACACCAGCGAAUUUGUGGAGCGAAGCGAAAAAGCGAGACGAAAAUGCGAAUAUUCGCCGGUCCGAAAAAAUCGCUUUCACCUAUACACACCGGGCGCGAAGCGAAUAUGCGUAUAAAUUUUGCAAAGCGAAUUAAUAAAUAUAUAUUGUCUUUGGCGAGAGUUCUUUCGCGCUAAGGAGGAGAGGAGAACAAAGAAAUUGAGUCAACAACAUCCUCAAGCGAUGAUGAGCUCGUUGUGAUGCUUUUGGCAAAAAAAAGAAGACAGAAGAAUAAACAAAUGAGUGUUUGGGUACAUCCCAUAUUGGCUUUGAGGAAGGAGAUGGGCGAGUUCCACACUACCAUCCAGUGGUCCUGUACCGCAAUUACCAGCCUCUCUCCCAUCGUUGCUCUUGGUGCCAGUGGUGGUGUGUGUCGUGUGAACUGCAGCCGCAUGGGUCUGUGACGUCAUCAAAACAUGACUUUUGAUUGGCCAGAGGUCUAGCAGGUCCAGAUAUUCACCUGCAUAUCCGAAAAAUUCGACACAAGAGCGAAAAAUUAAAAGUCCCUUUUUGCCCCGCGGAAAAAUCGCCACCGGUGUGGAAGGUUGCAUUGACUUUAUGCUGUUUUAAAAAAAGGCGAAUAAUUCGCCUGGCGAAUUCGCGCCUGGUGUGUAAGGACCUUGACCCAGUCACAAUUGUUUCUGCUGGCAUGAAACAUGCACAAAAAGUGACUGAGUCAGGGUGUGAAUACAGCAGUUAAAGGUCAGGAAAACUGGCAGCUAGUGAGUGUACAGAGCAAUGAUGAGAAUGAACAGAAGUCUUCAGUGUUUCCCUUGGUGUCCUCUUGAUCUGAGAAAAAAAAUCACUUGCUAUAAUGAUUUUAACUCAAAAACACACACGACCAUUGUUUACGGACAAAACACUGUUUUUUUUAAAUAUGGAAUAAGCUUGUGUUUGGACUAAAGUUGACUUAAGUGAAAAGAACAAGUCUAAAGUUAUUUGGUUUUGUUAAAAAUUGUAACUACCUCAUCAAAUUAACUUGUACUGUUAAAUUGCAUUGUCAGAGUAAAUCCUUUCCAUUAAAGACUGAGUUUGGAUGUGAACCAGGGACAUUGUAAUUAUGAGGGGACAGCAGCUUCCACUGCUUAAAGUAACACUUGGAAUAACUAAAAGUGAACUCAUCUAUUAGUUGCCAUGGCUUUUACCCCCCACCCUCCCACUCCCCCGCCCACACACACACACACACACACACACACACACACACACACACACACACACACAAAGAGUGUACUGAGUUGAAUGUUUGGGCUGAGAAAGUUUCUUGUGUUAGAUGUUUCUUAUGAACACCUGACCAUCCUUAUGUUAAUGUCAGGGGUUCAUGUGUGAAGGCACUUUGAUUUCCAUCUGCUAUAGAAGACAUAAUUGCAUUCAAUGUUCCAGGUCUUCUGCUCUCACCUGGAGCAGCUCAUCCAGCGGCUGUACGUGGUGUCAGAGAGGAUGGAGCUGCUGGCUGUGCCCUCUGUGAAUACAGACAGUGUGAAGUCAUCUUUGGCUGUAUAUCAGGUGAGGGCCCAAUCUCUCACUCAAGACCUUCUUUGGUAAUUCUACUGCACUUUUUUCUUCAUUAUACAUCACAUGUCAUAAAACUGCAUUAGUUUUAGGGGAGACAGAUAUAAAAUCAAACAGACUGAUGAGACAGCACUGGCAUUUUUUCAUCUUCUCCUGACAUUCACUUGAGUGACGUUGAUCCUACUGAAAUAAGAGGUCUACUUCUGAAACUUAAGUAAUAAGACAAAUUAUAAUAAAUAAAGUCACAAAUUUGGUCCAUCCCAACAUAAAGUUGAUGCACUGCUUGAACUGGUCUGAAGUCUUUUCAGAGGAGUGAGUUCAACAUACUGAGGGUGUUUUCCCAUCACUGACUCUGACAAAGAAGAUCAUCAACCUCAUAAGUCAACCCAGAGCUCCUGUGAGAAAGUGCACAUGAACAAGUUUGCUUUUUUCAGCGAAUCAUAAUAUUUGUCAGACACAGAGUAAACAAUGAUAACUAGAAAAAUUGCAUUUCCUUACAGAAAAUGCAUGGAAAUGCUGACAGCUGAAAAAGCCAUGUUGAACUGCUAAAAGGAGAAAAGUAUGAAUGUAAAAACUGUUGAAAAGGUGGAGAAGAAGAAAUUGUAUAAGUGGAAAAAUUGUACUAUAGCUGAAGGUAAAGAAGUUGCAUGAAUGUAAAAGUUGUAGAAUAGCUAAAGUAAAAAAAAAGUUAUAUGACGUGUGUGAAUAAACAGAAAUUAUUAUCGGUGCAAGUGAUUUGGAAAAACAAAUGCCUUAACAUUAAUGUAUGUGCCCAUUAAAUGUACGAAUACUUAAAUAAUGUCUGCAGUCUGCAGCAUCUAACCAUGGUAACUUGUGACGGCAUAACAGCACCAUCUAGUGGCGUGCUUUAGUUACUGCCCUACAUAUGGAUAUAGCAAGUAUUAGAGAGCUGAAGUUAAAGUAGGUGUAUGAAUGAAGAAACUAAAGAACAGCAGAUGUAGAGAAAUAAGAAGUAACGUGUAUGUUAAAACAGUUAAAGACCUGGACUAAAACAACAUAGUAACACAACAACACAGGAAGACAGUAAUGCACACACAUGGUAACAGUGUGUGUGUCCCUGCACGGCCGAGCCUGUGUCCUGUGAAUCAAAGCACACAGCCCAUGAGAAGAGCCUCCAACGCGAAUGUGGCAGAAACCGUCUUAACUUUUAUCACAAAAAUAAGACCAUGGUAGGAAUCCCAUUGAAGACGAUGCAUUUUUAUGUCUGUAGUGUACAAAAUGUGUCCACAGCAGCAUGUUAAAAACACUGCUGUAGUGAUUGUCAGGAAGUCUCCCUAUAGUUUGAUGUAUUUUCUAUGUCUGUGGAGUAAAAAUUGUAGGUGUGGGAACAAAAUAUUCACGCUUGGUUUAGUCAAUCCAAAAUGCUCUCCCCACUUGAGUGAGAUGUAACCCGCUCCAGUGUUUCCAAUAAACACUCAUUUUAAAGGCUGUAAAGGGCAGAAAAGUUUGUGUUGCACAAAGCUAAACUGUGCAAAAACAGUAGGAGAUAGUACAAAGUAGUGACCACAACAUUUGUAGCAGACAAGAGUAGAAACAUUUUAAGGCAAAAAUGAAGUACACUACUAGUCAAAAGUUUAAAAACACCCAGGGUGCACAGAUGACCUAGUGGGUUAGCGCCUCCCACUUAUGGUGACCACGGUCCCCGCAGCAGUCAUGGGUUCAAGUCUAGCCUUGACCAUGUGCUACAUGUCCUUGCUCCUCUCUCAAUCUCCCCAUAUUUUCACCCUGUCCUAUCAAUAAUGACCAAAAAAUCACCAAAAAUGAAAUACUUUAAACGUUUUAGAACACCCCAACUUUUCCAGAAUUCUACUGAAAUGAUGCAGUUUAAUGUCUCAGUGUACUCUGAAAUUAAUGCAUAGAGCUAAUAAACAGUUAAGGUAAAAAAGAAAUCAUAGAAUCAAUUUAGAAACGAAAAUGUAUUCUAAACUUUUGUCACAUCAAAGUAGCCACCUUUGGCAAAUAUAACAGCUAAACACACUUGUGGCAUUCUUUCUACAAUGAAAAUCAAAUAGUCUUGAGAAAAGUCUUCCCAACUUUUGCAGAAGUUUCCAUAAAUGUGUAGCACUUGUAGUUUUCUUUGCUUUCACUAUUCUGUCCAGUUCAUCCCAAACCAGCUCGACUGGGUUGAAGUCUGGAGACUGGGCUGGCCACUCCAUGUUUUCAAGCUUACCAUCAUGUUUUUUUUUUCUUAAGAUAGUUCUGGCAUAGCUUGGACUUAUGUUUUGGGCCAAUAUCUUGCUGUACGAUCAACCCCUGACCAACUAGGCGCAUCCCAGAGGGUACUGCAUGGCGCUGCGGAAUGCUGUGGUGGCAUUCCAUUGCUGGAUCCGACCCUGGAUCCAGCAAUGCCUGUCAGCAUUUCCCCCAGUUUCUGAGUGCCUUUUGAUUGUCAAGGAAACUGUACUCACUGACACCUUGACUUUCUUGGCAGUUUCUCUAUAGGCAAGACCUACAUUUUGAAGUGUUAUGAUGGUCUGUCUCUCUUCUAUCAUGAAUUGCCUUUUCCUCGCCAUUUUUGUAGUGACACAAUACUUUCUGCAGUAAAAAUAAGAAUAACUUCCCCAUAGGGAAAUUCAGUUGUCUGUUGUCUCACAAAAUACGUCUCGAACAGUUAUCUAUUAUUUACACAAGAGUUAUAAAGUCAAAUGGCUGUUGGUACAAAAGAUCUUCUGAAUCUUUCUGUCCUGCAGCUAAGAGAGAGGAGCCGUCCAACACCAUUGGCCCUUUGGUCCAUCAAGGUGUUGUGGAGUAGGUGAUCCAUGUUCUUUAGAAUAGACUCCACCUUCCUCAGUGUAGAUCUCUCCACCACAUCCUCCACUGAGUCCAGCUUGAGUCCAACCACAGAGCCAGCCUUUUUCACCAGUUUGUUAAGACGUCUUGCAUCUUUGUGUUUGAUGCUUCCUCUCCAGCAGACUGCAGCAUAGAACAGAACACUUGCCACCACAGACUGAUAAAACAUCUGCAGCAUCUUACUACAGAUGUCUAUUGAUCAGAGUCUUCUCUGCCCCUUUCUGUAGAGGAAGUCUAUAUUCUUAGACCAGUCCAAUUUAUUAUCCAGAUGUACACCUAGGUAAUGUCACCACUUUGAUGUCCACUGUUCACUGGCUGAAGAGGGGGUUUGGAUCUACGGAAGUCUAUGACCAUCUCCUUUGUCUUUGAGGUGUUGAGGAGGAGGAAGUUUUUUGUGACUCCAGUCACCGAAGAUCUCUGUAUUCAGCUUUUUAUCCAUUUCUGAUACAUGCCACAAUAGCGGUGUCAUCUGAGUAUUUCUGGAUGUGGCAGGACUUAGUGCAGUAUUUGAAGUCUGACGUAUACAGUGUAAACAGGAAUGGCUCCACUGUCCCUUGUGGAGCCCCUGUACUGCUCAUUAAUGUCCCAGAAACAUAGUUUCCCAGCCUGACAAACUGUGGCCUUCCUGUCAGGUAAUCUGUGAUCCACGAAACACAGGCAGGAUCCAGUGCACUACUGCUCAAACAAUGCUUGCAAUGUUAUGGUACCACAGUGUGUUCCAACACUACGUUUAUGCAGACAGCGGGGGUUGUAAGUGAUCAAGAAAGUUGAGACACCUGUAGGAAUUGGUAGAACUAACUUUCAAGGUUUCAUCAACCUGUAUAUCUGCAGAACUGUUGUCUCCUGACAAGAUCACCCAAAUGGUCCCACUUCACACCCAUCCUCAGGUCUUUACACUGGCUCCCCAUUCAAUUUGAAUUACUUGUUCUUGUGUUCAGAGCUUUGCAUGGACAUAAAUAUAUAUGUGUAUGUGUAUAUAUAUAUAUAUAUGUAUACGUAUAUAUAUUUACAAAGAUAGUAUUACUUUUUUUUGUGAGCAGAUAUUUUAACCCAAAGUCCAGAAUGGUUUGUCUAUGCAAAAAUGCAUUGAACAAGUAGCACAAGCGUAGUGGAACGAAAUUCACUUUCUAGGCACUUUUUCCUUUGUCUCAAUACAGCCUAUGACCUCGAGGAAAGUUAUUUUUGCGGAGUUUCAGAUGCUGUAGACGUGGAUGCAUUGGCGAUGCUGGCUGAAGGGUUUGACUGGCCCACGGCUGCAUCACAUUUUAGUUUCUUUUCGGCCAAACUCAAACGCCUUUUGCAAAUAAAUCACUGGUAGCAUGUCAUGUGAAACCCAGCGUCAUUAGGAACAUUGUCAAAGUCGAUAUCAACGCAAUGUUUAUAAGUUUCUGCAAGGUUCUUUGUCUCACCCUGUAGAGAAAGACACUUUCUAAUACAAGUUCUGUAAGUUUCCCAAUGUGUCCUUGUAAAGUCAAGAACGUCAUCGCCUGGACAGAUAAUAGAUGCAUACAGCAUCGUUUCGUUCCUUUUUUAUGCACUUUUGAAUAGUGCUGGACGAUAAUUCGAUAACAAUAUAUAUCGAUCGAUAGACGUGUGGUGCAAUAGAAAAAAAACGGGUCGAUAAAAAGUUCGAUAGAAAAACACAGUUUCUCUUUCUUUUUCAUCAUAGCCUAUCAUGUAGCUUUUACUACAGUCAUUACUUCCUCCCAACCAAUCACAAACGCAGACCCAGGUACGCCACGGCACCAAGCCCAGCCCCUCUCAAACCACAACAGACAGCACGUGUAUUAGAAAAAAUGAUACAGCAAGGAGAAGCGGAGGACAUUGUCCCGAAAAAAGGUUUCAGUAGUUCACCAGCAUGGCAAUGUUUUGGUUUUAAGAAGUCUGACAAAAAGCGAACAGCGGUCGUUUGCAAAAUUUGCAGAGAAUGAGUAAAAACCAAGUCUGGUAACACAACCGACUUGUUUUACCAUCUAAACCGAUCGCACCUGCAGGAGUACGAGCUGUGUCGGCCGCGCCGCGGCUCCAUGUCGUCGUCGUCGGAAUCCUCUGGAACCGCUGCCAGCACCAGCACAAAGCAUGUGAAGCAGACCAAACUGGACUUCGUUUCUUGCCAAAAUACGACAAAGCGUCCGAGCGGCAUAAGGACACCACCCAUGCAGUAACAUGCUCCAUAGCGAGGGACAUACUGCCAAUAACUACCGUUGAAAAGCCUGGCUUCAAACAGCUUCUAGCCACUCUCGACACGCGAUAUGAAGUGCCCGGCCGCAAGUAUUUCUCAAACACAGCGCUUCAGGCAUGAAAAUGGGUCAGGGGUUGAAAAGGUGAGAAGGGUGCGGAGGAAAUACGUUCCGGUGUAGCUUCUUAAAGUGGAAGAAAAUGAGCUCAUAUUUUACAAAGACGCGAGUAUUUGGAUCAUGGCUACUAGCAGGGGGUGCAUUCGGCAGGGGUGCAUUCUGCGACACAACACCGGCGUGGAUAAGUCCUGCUUCUCGUGCUCAGUUUGUGUAUUAAGUCAAUCACAUGAUAAUUAAAAAAAAUAAAUCUCCCGACCCCGGGAGAAAUAUUUCAGUGUUCAGACACCAGGCUGUGGGCAGUUUCCCACACAGUUAAAACUGGCAGUAUGCUAUUCCCACCUAAAGCUAUUCUGUUUAUUUAUAUAUUUGUUUGUUUUGUUUAUUUUCAUCAAAAGACUAUUUAAAUAUUUAUUUAUCAGAUUUUCUGGUCACUUUAGUCUUUGUUUGUCAGUAUUAACUGACGUCACUCAGGCCACUUAAGUUGAUUUCUUUUAUUUUUUAGUUCUUUUUUAAAAAACUUUCAGUUGUGGUAAAAAAAAAAGUGGUUGAAUAAAGGUUUGAAUUUGAAUUCAGUGCUUGUGUGUUCUUUAUUAAAAGUAGGUCAUUAAGCAAUAGCAUAAAACAUCCAGGGCUGCAAUUAAAAUAUAUGUUAAAUAAUUAUAACAAUUAUAUCGAUAAUUAUCGAUAUCGAUCAAUAUGAUUUAUUUUUUAUCGAUAUGCUUUCUUUCUAUAUCGUCCAGGCCUACUUUUGAAGGUUGUUUUCUUUUUUUCCUUUUCUUCCUCUUCGUUUGUCUCGCUGCUAGAUGCACUCGUCGCCAUGUUUGUGUUGUUAUGAUACUAUGGCAACGAGACUUGGCUCCUAUUGGUCCACGUGACAAAAAUUGCUUUACCCCUUUGCAUAUUCGAUUGCACGUGUGCAAGUAUCACUACGCCGCAGACAAGAAAUAGUUGGACACGAAACACUGAUUACUAAAAAUCAUCUGGAUGACAUGAGUAGAUAUUUUUUUUUAGUACUUACUAUCAAUAGAGCUAUUUUAUGAAUCACAGAUUAUGUUGCACCACUAAAGUGGAACGAACCAACACAAUCUCAUUUAGCCAAUACAGCCUAAAAGUGGUUGAGAGCCCAUUUGUUUGCGCUUGCCUUUGUAUAAACAGGACUUUGGCUACUGGUGUACUUUUUGUUGAUUUUUAUGUCUUGUUGUCUCACCCUUUUUAAUUUGAUGACUGUUCUAGAAAGGUGCUAUACAAAUAAAGUUUAUUAUUAUUAUAUUAUUAACCCAUUUCAUGUUCUCUGAUAAAGGCCUUUUUGUAUAAUUCUGAAAUGUACAUUAUUUUUCAGUUUUGGUUAACCUCAUCUUAUUUAUUUACCUCUGGCAGUUCACCACUUACCUUUGUACCCUUUUAAGUUGUUCAUUGGACUUGAACUGAUUGAAUUUCAAUAAAAAACUGGAAAAAUUGGGAUCUUCUCUAACUUUUGAACGGUAGUGUACGUAGAUGAAAGUAUGCAGAAGUCAUAAGGGUGAGAAGGUGGUAGUGCUUUAGGUGGAAUAGCCAAACUUCCCCAUUCAUUUCUAUAGUAAGAAUUUUACCACAAAAAGUAAAAUAUUGCAAAAAGAAAAAGGUAAAAAAUACAACAGCACUAGUCCUGAAGGAGUGGAGUAGUAUAAAGGUUGAAUGGUAGAAAUAGCACAAAUUGGAAAGGGGCCAAAAAUUGGCAGAAUGACAAUACUAAUACUAAAGAAAAGUGGCCGCCAGGAAUAUCGAAAUGCUGUGUCAGCAUUUCCACUUAAUAAGUGACAAAUUUAACCCUUCCGGGUCCCUGUGGCCGAAUUCGGCCAUUUGACGAAAAAACAAGAGACUUAUUUGGAUAUAUUUUUUUUUUUACUGCAGCAAAUGUGAUGAAUUUUUUUUUCUAAGCUUAAUUUGAAAUUCUACUCGAAAACAUGAAUUCAACAUUUUCACCAGGUCAAUAAUAAAGCCAGGACAAAUUUUCACCCUCCAGAGUCCCUCGUGGCCGAAAAAAGCCACUUUUUUUGUCGGCUGUAAAAUCAUAUUGGAUUAAUAUUUUUUUCUGAUUUUUUUUCACACAUCUCUUAUUUUACUUCUGCCCUGUUCGAAACUAGCAAAUGUUUCAUUGAAAACAAUUUUUUUUAACCCUUUAAGUGCCAAUUUAAGACAAAAAGUCACAAAUAUAGCAAAAAUUUAAGGAAAAUGACCCAUUUUUUUAUAAAACAUGAUCAGAAACUGGUUAUCUCUUGCAGGGUAUCAAAGUCAUGAAUAUGUCAGAGAUUAGUAAUAUCAUUGGCUUUGAUGCAUUUUAAGUUUUUCUGUAGCAUCAGAUUUAAUGAAAAACUGCGUUUGGCGCCUCCCAGUGGCCAAAACUACUUUGUCUGCUGUAAAAUCAUAUUGGAUUAAUAUUUUUUUCUGAUUUUUUUUCAUACAUCUCUUAUUUUACUUCUGCCCUGUUCAAAACUAGCAAAUGUUUCAUUGAAAAUAAAAUUUUAACCCUUUACGGGCCAAUUUAAGACAUAAAGUCACUUAAAAAGCAAAAAAAAAUGGAAGGAAAAAUUUAAGGAAAAUGACCAAAUUUUUUUAUAAAACAUGAUCAGAAACUGGUAAUCUCUUGCAGGGUAUUUAAGUCUUGAAUAUGUCAAAGAUAAGUAAUAUAAUUGACUUCAAUGCAUUUUAAGUUUUUCUGUAGCAUCAGAUUUAAUAAAAAACUGCCUUUGGCGCCUCCCAGUGGCCAAAACUACUUUUUCUGCUGUAAAAUCAUAUUGGAUUAAUAUUUUUUUCAGAUUUUUUUUCAUACAUCUCUUAUUUUACUUCUGCCCUGUUCAAAACUAGCAAAUGUUUCAUUGAAAAUAAAAUUUUAACCCUUUAAGGGCCAAUUUUAGCCAUAAAGUCACUUAAAAAGCAAAAAAAAUGGAAGGAAAAUGAAGGAAAAUGACCAAUUUUUUCAAUAAAACAUAAUCAGAAACUGGUAAUCUCUUGCAGGGUAUUUAAGUCUUGAAUAUGUCAGAGAUUAGUAAUAUAAUUGACUUAGAUGCCUUUUAGGUUUUUCUGUAGCAUCAGAUUUAAUGAAAAACUGCGUUUGGCGCCCCUCAGUGGCCAAAACUACUUUGUCUGCUGUAAAAUCAUAUUGGAUUAAUAUUUUUUUCAGAUUAUUUUUCAUACAUUUCUUAUUUUACUUCUGCCCUGUUCAAAACUAGCAAAUGUUUCUUUGAAAAUAAAAAUUUUCACCCUUUAAGGGCCAAUUUAAGACAAAAAGUCUCUUAUGAAGCAAAUAAGGCCAUUUUCCUUCCGUUUUCCUUCCAUUUAUUUGCUUCAUAAGAGACUUUUUGUCUUAAAUUGGCCCUUAAAGGGUGAAAAAAUUUUUUUCAAAGAAACAUUUGCUAGUUUUGAACAGGGUAGAAGUAAAAUAAGAAAUGUAUGAAAAAAAAUCUGAAAAAAAUAUUAAUCCAAUAUGAUUUUACAGCAGACAAAGUAGUUUUGGCCACUGAGGGGCGCCAAACGCAGUUUUUCAUUAAAUCUGAUGCUACAGAAAAACCUAAAAGGCAUCUAAGUCAAUGAUAUUACUAAUCUCUGACAUAUUCAAGACUCUGAUACCCUGCUAGAGAUUACCAGUUUCUGAUCAUGUUUUAUUAAAAAAAUGGGUCGUUUUCCUUCAUUUUCCUUCCAUUUUUUUGCUUUUUAAGUGACUUUAUGUCUUAAAUUGGCCCUUAAAGGGUUAAAAUUUUUAUUUUCAAUGGAACAUUUGCUAGUUUUGAACAGGGCAGAAGUAAAAUAAGAAAUGUAUGAAAAAAAAUCUGAAAAAAAUAUUAAUCCAAUAUGAUUUUACAGCAGAAAAAGUAGUUUUGGCCACUGGGAGGCGCCAAAGGCAGUUUUUUAUUAAAUCUGAUGCUAAAGAAAAACUUAAAAUGCAUUGAAGUCAAUUAUAUUACUAAUCUCUGACAUAUUCAAGACUUAAAUACCCUGCAAGAGAUUACCAGUUUCUGAUCAUGUUUUAUAAAAAAAAUGGGUCAUUUUCCUUAAAAUUUUCCUUCCAUUUUUUUUUUCUUUUUAAGUGACCCUAUGUCUUAAAUUGGCCCUUAAAGUGUUAAAAUUUUUAUUUUCAAUGAAACAUUUGCUAGUUUUGAACAGGGCAGAAGUAAAAUAAGAAAUGUAUGAAAAAAAAAUCAGAAAAAAAUAUUAAUCCAAUAUGAUUUUACAGCAGACAAAGUAGUUUUGGCCACUGAGGGGCGCCAAACGCAGUUUUUCAUUAAAUCUGAUGCUACAGAAAAACCUAAAAGGCAUCUAAGUCAAUUAUAUUACUAAUCUCUGACCUAUUCAAGACUCUGAUACCCUGCAAGAGAUUACCAGUUUCUGAUCAUGUUUUAUAAAAAAAUGGGUCAUUUUCCUUUAAUUUUUUGCCCUAUUAGUGACUUUUUGUCUUAAAUUGGCACUUAAAGGGUUAAAAAAAAUUGUUUUCAAUGAAACAUUUGCUAGUUUCGAACAGGGCAGAAGUAAAAUAAAAGAUGUGUGAAAAAAAAUCAGAAAAAAAUAUUAAUCCAAUAUGAUUUUACAGCCGACAAAAAAAGUGGCUUUUUUCGGCCACGAGGGACUUUAGAGGGAAGUCAAUCUAAAGAGCCCGGAAGGGUUAAACACAUAAUUCAGACUAAUUAAAUCUGGACUAGUUCAAGCUGGACUCAGUGGAGGAUGUGGUGGAGAGAUCUACACUGUGGAAGGUGGGGGCCAUUCUCAAGAACAUGGAUCACCCACUUCACAACACCUUAAUGGACCAAAGGGCCAAUGGUGGUGGAUAGCUCCCCUCUCUUCGCUGCAGAACAGAAAGAUUCUGUAGAUCUUUUGUACCAACAGCCAUCAGACUGUACAACUCUUCUGUAUAUAGAAGAUGACUUUUAGAGACAUGACAAAUGAGACAACAGACAGUUGAAUUUCCUUUCGGGGAUUAAUAAAGUUAUUCUUAUUCUUAAACUAACAUAGAUGUGCUUUGGAGCACAGGCCUCAGGAGGGCAUGCAGUUACUUUUACUCUGGGUUUUCAAUUCUAUGAAAGGUUCUGGGGCAGGUGACCAUUUUGACCUGCUCUGUAGCAAGCUAUGGUCAGGACAGAAGGUCAAUCUAUAGAAAACUCUGCACACUAAUCCUCCUGAUCGUGGCCCUCUGUGAGCUGAUCACAAGAGAAGAAGAGAGAGAUAGCGAGCAUUGGGAGUUGUUGAUGUCAAAGCUUUUGCACAAUAUGAUGAAAAGGUGAAAUAAUUAGCCAUGCAUUCACUCUGCAUGUUUAAUUUUUACCUGACAAUUCUGGCCUCAUUUCGCAUGUGCAGAUGUACUGGUUUAAGUCUGGAUUAUGUGUUAAAUUUCUCCUAUAUCAUUGUGUUCCUCUCAUCUGUGUUUGUAAAAUAGAAUAGCCAGUUUUCAGCAGACCUUUUGAUGCUUUGGGAUUUUGCACAUGUUGCUUACUCAGCCUUGCAAUACAAUCACAGUGGCCCUUAUUUAUCAAGCUUGCGCAGAUCUGAGUGCAGAUUUGAACGCAGAAUUCAUCGUACGAUAGGACACAUGUGAGAUUUAUGAAAGGGUUCGUAUCUGACCAAUCCCAGCAUACGUAUGAUCGGGUCUUGAUAAAUGCGGCGGCUGAAAUUGAUCGUCAUUAACAUGUUUACGCCCUUAAAUAAUCGUGGUUCAGAAGCCUUGCCCACUGAGGUCAAACGUGAACGAGGAGAAAUAUUAGAAAGAUUCGAAACUUUUCUGAGCUGAAAGUGGAUAUCCUCACAUCUGUGGUGGAAACUUACAAGGAUUUUCUCUUUGGAAGCAUCAAAACUGGUAUAAAAGCAGUCGAGAGAAACUGUCUGGAGCAGGAUUUUGGUGGCGCUGAACAGCGCUGCUGCGGAAUAGACAGCGGAAUAGACACUGGCCGAAGUUUGAAUAAAUCAUUAGUCAAUAAGUUGCUCAUGAUGAUAAUAUCUCAUACAUGCCUCAUAUUUGUUUAUUAGUAUGACAUAGGGUACAUUGCUCCUAUAUAAAUAGCAAGAGCACUUUCUAAACUUAUAUUUUACAUCAGAAUCCAUGGAUAAGGUCCUGUCUCCUCUGUUCAGCACCUUUGUGGAGUCUCUCCUCGUUAAUGUUCUCCGGGCUUCGGGUCCUCACGUUGCACCGGCAGAGCCAACGGCACUCCAUUCACCAGUGCAACAUUGUGCAAAACUGUACCAGCCAAAAUGAUGUCCCACACCCUUUCAGGAGUGUACAACAACGUCCCUGCUGCUGGGCCAAGACAGAGACACCUGCCUUUUAGGAGUCAAACGCAGCGCUCCACAGUGGCGCGUGUGCGCGCAAUGUUAAAACAGCGCUCCUGCACUGUGGCAGUGUUUCUGGGCAGAGGUAUCAAAUAGGCCUAUUCACCAAGGACAAAACAAAUUUAUUUUAUUGUAAUUUAUUUUAUUUACGUCUUAAUCUUUAAUGAAAUCUGGCUGAUUGUGCUUAAUGACAGGUUUAAAGUUUGUUUAUCAAUUAUUUUGAGACAGACAUUUGCUGCACUGCAGAUCAACACUGACUCAAACUUGCGUACACGAUGUCAGACCUGUCGUGAGAUUUGGCCGUAGCGUAUGCUCACGUGCAGAUUGAUAAAUGCCGAUCCUCACGUCAAAAUUUUCGUACACAAGGUGUACGCAAGUUUUCUGCUGUACGCCAGCUUGAUAAAUGAGGACCAGUAACUCUGAGCUGCUAGAACAGGUUCAUAAUCAGUUUUAUAAGCCCCUGAUUAUCAAGAGAGAUUGUAAUGGUCAGGAUUAGAUAAACCAGAUAACCAGAGGAUACGAGGGUAUGAUGAACAGCGCUUCCUUACUGUGUGUCAGACUUAUUUUAAUGCUCAGCAUUGUGCAGCCUUGUUUCAGGUUUCUCUUUACCUCAGACACAUUGUUUUACAGUUACAUUCAUCUUAAUGGUGUCAUUGUUAGAGUUUUCAGAGAGAAAUGAGCAGCCAUCAGCCUCUAGUCUCCUGUGUCCUCGAAACUGGGCAGCUUCUCCUCAACUGCAUCAACCUGACAUCUCCAUGUAAGUCUGCAACAUGUGAUUGUAGAAACCAGAACCUCUAUAUCCAUCUUAUCGUUGGCUCCCACAUCUCUGCAUCCUCUCUCUUCUGUUCUAGUUUUAAGAGACGCCCUGUCAUUCAUUGAGAGGCAAUCUGGUGCUUUGGAGGACCACACGGAACACUUUUUCUCCUCCAUCCUGUCUGCCAUGGACAGCCUGACACAGCCCAGUCCACUCCAGCAGAGCAGAGAGGGGGACCUGGGCUCAGGGGAGAUCCAAGGACCCAGUUAGUUAACAGACUCCAGUUGAUGUGUCUGUGCACACACUUAUGAGUUAUUGCACCGCUUUAUUUUCCUUGUUCAUUUCCCAAAAUUAAUGUGCUUUCACACUUGCUUGUACAUGUUUCAAAAAGAAACACAUUUGCAUCUUAUAUUGAUGUAUUUUAUUGGAAUGGGAAGCAAAGCAAAGCAUCCAUGUCCUGACAAAACAAAAUAACAUUAACCUAAAAAUUUCACUACAUAUAUAUAUAUAUACAUAUAUAUAUAUAUAUAUAUACAUCAGUGGCGAUUGCUCUAAGACUGCAAGGGAAGCUCGGCUUCCCUUAAAAUGUCACCCCCCCAAAAAAAGAAAAAGUGGUGAAAUACGUACGGCUGUGUGUACAUUUCAUGAACUAAAUACGCACUAGAAAGCCUUCAACUUUUGUUCAGACACAGUGAUAAGAAGCUGAUAAUCACAGGUAACCGGCAUAACUUCGUUCUCAUUCAUCCUCGCAGCGCCUCAGCGCUUCAAACAGUCGGACGCUGGGCUUCUGCUGACUUCAAUGUGGAAGCUUAAAGUGGGUUGUUCCAGCAGCGAAACUAGACGCUCAUUGGAUAAAUGCUGGGCUUUGUCCCGCCCAAUGGAAGCUAAGCUUCACUGGAGUUCUAUGGCGAGAGGGCGGUCCCGACUUUCUCCCGGACUCCAAGCUUCUGCAUUCAUGAUUGGAUGAGCUGUCUGAGGCGAAAUCCUUUUUUGAUUGACAGCUAAACAAGCGAAUCAGCGAUCUUGAAGAAUAAAACAUCUACCAGAGCAUUUUCCAAGUCAUUCAUUCCGUUGUUCUUAACUGCUCCAGAGACUUUACCGAUCCUCAGCGACUUCUGUCUUUGUUAAAAACGACUGCCAUUGUGUUUGGCGACUCUGUUCUGUUAAAUACUAAUAAACAAAUACAAUUAUGAUGUAGGCCAGAAAAAUGAGCUUCCCCUCCUUGAAAGACCAGCAGCCCCCACUGAUAUACAUAUAUAUGUGUAUAUAUAUAUAUAUAUAUAUAUAUAUAUAUAUAUGUGUGUAUGUAUAUAUGUGUGCAUGUAUAUAUACGUGCAUGUAUAUAUGUGCAUGUAUAUAUAUGUGUGUGUGUGUGUAUGUAUAUAUAUGUAUGUGUAUGUAUAUGUAUGUAUAUAUGUAUAUAUGUAUAUAUGUGUAUAUAUAUAUAUGUAUAUAUGUAUGUAUAUUGUUGAAGAAAGUCCAGCAUAAACUUAGUAAAACAAUGUACAGGAGACAGGAUGAGUACAGCCUGGGCGUCUUUAUUGUACGGAUAUAGAAAUCAGCACAAACGACAAACAGAGUCUCGACCAAGACCAACAAAGAUUAGUUGUGGCUUCUUACUAAAAGAUAAUUACUCUAUAUUUCUUAACCUAAAUGUAUGAAGAGAUUCCCCUACAAUAUAUAUCUGUAAAUAUAUAUAUGUAUGUAUAUAUAAAUAUAUGUAUAUAUAUAUGUAUUUAUGUAUGUAUGUAUAUAUAUAUUUAUAUAUGUAUAUAUGUAUGUAUAUAUUAAUAUAUAUUUUUAUAUAUGUAUAAAUAUAUGUAUGUAUAUAUAUGUAUACAUAUAUGUAUAUAUCUGUAUGUAUAUAUGUAUGUAUGUAUACAUUUGUAUGUAUAUAUGUAUAUGUUUAAAUAUAUAGGUAUGUACAGUAUAUAUGUUGACAUAUAUAUGUAUGUAUAUAUGUAUGAAUAUAUGUAUACAUAUACUGUAUAUAUGUAUACAUAUAUGUAUGUAUAUAUAUGUAUGUAUGCUUAUAUAUAUAUAUAUAUAUAUAUACAUGUAUAUAUAUGUAUACAUGUAUAUAUAAGUAUAUAUGUAUACAUGUAUAUAUGUAUACAUGUAUAUAUGUAUACAUGUAAAUAUAAGUAUAUAUGUAUACAUGUACAUAUAUGUAUACAUGUAUAUAUGUAUACAUGUAUAUACUGUAUGUAUAUAUGUUUAUAUGUAUACAUGUGUAUACAUGUAUAUAUAUGUAUAUAUGUAUAUGUGUAUACAUGUAUAUAUGUAUACAUGUGUAUACAUGUAUAUAUGUAUACAUGUAUAUAUAUGUAUAUAUAGGUAUACUUGUAUAUUUAUGUAUAUAUGUAUAUAUGUGUGUGUGUGUGUGUGUGUGUGUGUAUACGCAUGCAUAUAUAGUUUAUAGAUAGGUACAUAGAUGGACAUUAAACCGAAUGUAGGAGUGUUUCCCCUUUAUGGUGACUACAUGUUACUAUAUUUAGUGAGAAGCUGUGCAAAAAAAAGAAAAAAGAGGAGAGUGGCUGUUGUGUUGAUAGAGGUAUUGAAUUGGACAGUCCAGUCAUAUCUCACCUCUAAUCUUUACCGCUAAAAACUCAGAACAUAUCAGCUUUACCAUAUCUGUCUGUGAUGCUGAGCUCAGAUUUGCUGGAAGCUGUUUUGGGUGAGUGGUUCUGGUCCUGUACUAUGUUCUGAACAGUGGUGGACUACGGGAGAUGAUGACAUUUUGGUAUGAGCUGUUUUAAUGCACUGGCCACAUGGUUCACCAUUGCUGUUUUAACGUACUGACCACAUGGUCCACAAUUGCACAGCCUUAAACAGACCUUUGGCCUGUUGUCUUUCAUGAAAUGUGUGUUCAUUUGUCUUAAGUUUAGAGGAUUCCCUCUUUUUUGAUACCUUUAUGUUUUCAUAUCUCCAUAUUCACUGACAUGCCUCUAAAUUGUCUGCUGUUUUUCACUUGUGUGAACUAAUCAAAGAAAGUUCUAACUUUGCACUCAGAUGCAAGUCACUGAAUAAACCACGUGCUUUAAAAGUU